AGAGACCGUACCGUGCGUGUGCCAUCCCGAGCGUGCGCCCGACGCCGUCACACACUCGCACUCGCAUUCGCACAACGCCGCGUACCGUCGUCGGGUAUCCUACGCGCGCCCCGCGCCGUCACUCGUUAUCCCUGGUCUCGGUCGCCCGGAGGGUAGUCGUCGCGACAAUAUCACAACCACUCUCGAUCUCGUUUCGUAUGUUUUUUUUUUUUUCACUAUUCCGUCCGUCUCGCGAUCAUCAUGGAAAUCAGAUAGUACGGACACAGUGUUUACACUCGUAUAAUUAACGACUACUUUUCCGGUUUUCAAAUUUUUUUUUUUUCUCCCGUCGCCUCGUCGCACCUUUAAUUACCGUACGCGACGCCGCCGCAAAUCGCGAAGUUUUACACGGGAUCGUCGCAACAUUUAUCAUUAAUAAUUUUUGGCGAAAAACCGGUACAAAAACCACUCAACACAAAUGGUUACCAUGUCGGCGUAUUCCCAGUUCGGUUACGCGUAUCCAACCGCCGGACAACAGGUAAGCGUCAGAUUUUAUAAUAACGCGUAUUGUCGUCGUUAUUUUUUCAUUUUCUACGCAAAGUGCGAUCAUAAGGUAUAUAAUGGGGGGUACUUUUUGAAAUUUUUUUCAAGUUCGUUUUUUCAUACCUAUUUUAUGAUUUUUUUUUUUACAAUACUCGUUUCGCCGAUUUUAUUCGGAAAAAGAUUUUAUUGAUAUUCCAAAUUCUAAACGAGUAGCAUACAUAUAUAGAUAUUAUGAACAGUGGAUAACUCGUGUAGAAAACGUACAAUAUUGGGGCAGAUUAAAAAAAACUACCUGUAUUUUCUCCUCUCCCGCCGUGUGAAAAUAAAAUAAACCGACGAAAAAACGAAUUUAAAAAAAAUUAAAGAGACCGACUUGAUUUAAGACUUAGUCUUGUUAUAUACAGGCGUGCGGCAAUAACGUUAAUACAAUUCUUACAGCGAUUUCGCCCCGAAAUUAUUAUCGAAUCACGUUCACAAUAAUGUAUUGUUUUCUAACAGCAAUUUUAUUUCGGCGAUUUUCGACGUAAUGAAGUGGAUAUUUUAACGUCGCGUGUGACCUAUACACUUAUAUUUCAUUAAUCUUCCGGGGCCAACAAUAGAUUGCAAACGGCUGUAAUUAUAAUAUUAUACGACGCGUUAUUUCGAGGUGUUCCGAACAAAAACCGCAAUAAUUAUCGACGUUUCGGUAAAUCGUACAAUACCCACACAAUAUUAUGCAGGUUAUAUUAUGCCUAUUAAAUUCGUCGUUAUAUAUUGACGAAUUCGAUAUAGUCCAAAAGUCCAAAGGUAUUUCGUAAUAAAAUAAUCGCGUCAAAAUAAACAUUAGCACCGUAGCCGAAUCGAUUUAUAAUGGUAAUCUGAUUCGAACGUCCGCCCGUAAUAGGUAUACACACUUGCCAUCGCUAUAUUACUGUAUUGUUAUAAUUUCGUGUAAUUUAUAGCGGUUCGAAGUGUCUGGCGUUUUUAUACGAUUAAAAAUCCGAAAAGAAAUCCUAUUACUCAAAAGCGGAAUAAAAUAAAAAUAUCAGCUUUCAUAAUGUCGGUGCGAUCGCGCGGAAUAGAAUCGGCUACGGACAUUCCGGUGAGAUAAAUUAUCAUCGUGUUAAUUACAUAUACGUGUAUUAAUAAUAAUACAAUCGUUGUGUUUAGAUAAUGGCUUAUUUAAUCUGAGCCGCGAUAAUAGUUUUAUAACAGUAAUAUUAUAACACUGUACGUUGGGUCUAAUUGGAUGUACGCCUAUACAGAUUAAUAAUUAUUGAAAAAUAAUAAUUAUUAGGUUAAUUUAAAAAAAAAAAAAAAAAAUUGUUCGUUAUGAAUCGCUGUGUACAAUAAUUAAUAUAACAUUUAGGUAGGCGUACUUUUAAUAAUAUACCGAUUGUCGGAUGCGAUGAGUAACGUUUUCUCGGUUUCUUGCCGUACGCGUUAAUAAUCUCACCAAGUAUUUUACUACUCGUUAUAAGUUUGAUUAAUUAUUGCAAGAUUAUGGGUGUAUUACAAUAUAACAGUAAAUGCGUCAUAUCGCGAUAACACACUAAUAUAAUAGGUGUUAUGUUUUAAAAGACCGUGUGACUGUUAGACUGUAUACAAAUACAUAAUAUAUUGAUAGCGAUAGUGUACGUUAUUUAUUAGGUAUCAAAUUUUCCCGAAAACAGACACUCGAAAAGUUUUUUUUUUUUUUUGUUUCGUCGAAUACGCGAAACUAUAUGAUACACUCAUCUGUAUAUGAUUCCGCGGUAACCUUUACGUUAUUAUAAUAACGUGAAAACGCCAUGUCAAUACGAAUUAUAACAGGUAACCGUAUUCUAACUGCAACAUAUAAUACUAUACAAUGUACGCGUCGAUAUAAUUUGUAUAAUGUGCGUAUAUAAAUUCAAUAUAAACUCAAUGCACCUAUACAUACGGGGUGUUCCGAAUAUCGCGGUAUAAUGUGUUUACGGGUUUGAACUGUGUCCAUUGUACGUUUUGAAAAAAGCGAAAAUUAAAUUUAUUCGUACAGCCAUCGCGGCGGUGUUGCGCGCGUCGUAGUGAUUUGAAAUAUUAAUUUAAUUUCGGUACGAUACGCGAUUGAACGUGUAUAAUUCCGCACCCGUGUCGUGUAGACCGAAGUGAAAACAAUAAUUGCGUGUAUAAAAACUAACUCGAACUCUUUAGCCUUCGUCGUUCAGACCGGAGAUACAAUGUACACUAUACAUAUAAUAUUACUGCAUAGGUAUGCGUUUUGUUAUAUUAGAUAAGAUACGCAGUAACAUCGUUGAUGUGUGGUGGCGUAUAGACCGCAGAGCGUUCCUUAUACUUAUAUAUAUACGUGAGGCUUAGGAUUAUGAUUAUAAUUAUAUUAUAACUAAGUUUCAUCAAAAUGUGACAUUGGCCUUUUUCGACCCCAAGUCCCAGUUAUGUAUAAUAAUUAUAUCGUCAGGCGCGUGUUGGGUUCUAUUUUCGUACCGGGAAAUUAUUAAAUAGGAUCCGCUAACUCCCAUUUAAAUUAACAUAAAUCACGAUGACUUUUGUUCUUCAACGCUACCUUUCGAAAAUCAUCCUUCAAGUACCAGCCUGGCCAGCCUACUCGCCUACCCAACUGAGAAAUCACACCGGUCACACACUGGGCAAUUUGAGGAAACGGAUAAAAAAAAAAAACGUAGGAAAACGUGUCGAAAUUAAGGGCUUACGUGUUAUGAGGGCCCACGGGGGGGGGGGGAGGAAAUUUCCCGGGAACGCGUUUUACGCGCCCGUGUACGACGACGAAAACGAUGCGUACCGGCGUGUGGAAACGCGCGCGAGCGUAUCGCCGGGGAUAUCGUUUGAGAGCCACGGCAAACGACGUCCCCCUGUAUACAUCCCCUUGUAUAACACACGCAAUACACGGCGCCGUGCGCGAAUAAAUAUUCCGCCGCUUUAGUUUACGGCGAGGGCGAGCCGAACGGGCUCGUCACGUGUUUUCGACACCCGCGCCGUAUAAUACGAGCGCACAAUGUAUUAUCGAUUCGCGUUACACGCGCGCCUAUUACCGAUACAUACAGAGUGCGGGAUUUAACAAACAAUUUUUUUUUUUUUUUUUCUGUUUGUUUUUCCCCUUUGUGCGCGGGAACCGUAGGACCGUGCGAGAAUAUUGUAAUUGGCGCAUUCGCGCGGAAUUAUCGAGUCUGAAACAACCGCAGCAAUAAUAAUCUAAUAUCCGUCUCGUUGAAAAUAUACUUCUCGAACCGCGUAUAAUAUACUGUGUCCCGUUCCCAGAAAGCAUUUCGAAUACACAUUCGAAAUGCUUUUAUGUAUUUAGGAACUAAUACAAUUAUUCGGCAUGUAUUUAAGUACUUCUCAAAUACUUUUUUUUUUUUUUUUAAAUUUGACUUAGUAAUUAAAUCUAGCGGGUUUGCAAAAUCGAUUUUGAAAUUUCUAGUAUAAAAUUCAAAAUUCAACUAUUUCAGUGUAUAGGUUACCUAUUAUUAGAACUCUGUACAACCGGUUACAAUACGAUUGAGAACGUUCGCCUUUUUUUUAAGCGUGCGAUUGAGAAUGUUCGAAACGGAACAAUGAAAUAGCAACCGACCCAAAAAAACCGGAACUAUUGAGAACGAAAUUAUGUGGAACAUUAUCGAACUAUAUUCAAGUCAAAAUUCAUAAAUAUAUAAUGAAAAACGUAUGCAAAAUUUAUAAUAAAACGGUAUUUGUGGGAGUUUAAAACAAUUUAAUUUCCCACCACGUUCAGAGGAUAUAAGCCUCGGUCAUUUUCCAUUUUAUUUAAGUAUUAACGUAAAAUAUUUCGCACACAAAACGCAUAAUACGGUAAACCGCGCACUGAGUAAUGUAUUAGUGCGUAUAUUUUGAAUAUUCGUUGCAAACAAUUUGCUAUCGUUGUAGUUAUGUAGAUUAUCAUUAUUAAUGGAUUCAGUAAUAUGCCAUCUCAUACGAUAAUAGGUAAUCAUUAAACUCGAUUGCGACNGGUUGAAUUUUCAGAUUACUACAUAUUAGGCAACGUUGCGUGGAAUUAUAAAAAACAGAGCGUUCUCAAUCGUAAAAGUCAAAAGGGUCUAAUAAAGGUAUCGACAAUAAUGACCGUUCUCAAUCGUAUUUCCGCCGUACAACCUACUUCAUUUUAUUACUGAAAAACGAAAAUGAAUAAAUUGCGCUGGAUAUUAAUUCUGAAAUAAUUUAAUAUUUUACAUGAAUUAAACCGCAAAUGUUAAGAUCUAAAUCACAGAUAUAAAUUAAAAUAUAUAUAUUUUUUUCUUCUUACUUUUAAGUUUAAAUAUUAAAUAAUAACACGUAAUUUCCGAUCCUUGAAUCAAGACAAGCGUUUACACCGAAACCAUUGGAAUACUUGCCGAAUACUCGCAUUCGAAUAGCACACUUUCAACGUAUUCUGAACGUUACACAACUAAUUCGAAAUAUAUUUGUUUAAAUAUUUAAUAACGACAACGCGUCGAAACGCCGGCGCGAAUAUUAAAAUAGCGCGGGCACAGGCACCCCGACAGUGUUAAACAUCUCCGGUCCCGAUUGUUCGUUUAGAAGUCAAAACUGUCUACAGGUAUGGCCGGGCAGGCGGGUAUAUAGUUUUCGUGUGUGUGCGUUUCCCCCUCCCCCCCGCAUAACAAAUCGGCGAACCGCGGUCAUUAUCGCCGACCGUGCACACCGUGUAAUACAAUAAUAUUACGGACUCGUGAAAACGGAAUAAUAUAACGAACGUCAUCGUUCCGGUUCGACGUCGAAUCAUUAACAACAACGUUAAACCGGCGUUUCGCGCAAAACAACAAUAAUAAUAAUUUACGGGAUAAAUAUUAUUUAUCAAACCGGACGCGGCCGCCGCGGUGUCACGUCGGAGCGUUUUACGCGCGCGGUUAUGCGGUUAUUUCGGUUACUCGACUUUUGUUUAUUUUCCGCACCGGAUUUCGGAUAUCGUACGGACGACAAUGGUAUUUGCCGUUUGGCGCGUCGUCCCGCCACUGCCCACCACCGUUCGUUUACGUAUUUAUAGCCGUCCGUCCGCGGAUCCGUCGCGUCGCGGACCGACCGCCGAUGGCGGCGGCGGCGGCGGCGGAAACAAUGCACGCGCUACGGAUUACCCGGGCGAAAACCCCCGCGGACGAGCGCGUACCCCUUCGUGCGUCCCGCGUGUUAUUAUUGUUGUUGUUGUUGUUAUUGUUAUUGUUAUUAUUAUUGUACGGUGCGUAUAUACGUAUACACAAUGUAAUCGACGACGACGGCGACAUGGACAACAACAAUGGGCGCGCAGCGACAUCGGAUGAAAUCGGAUAUCAUGCACGCGGCGCCACGAACGUCGUCGUCGUGACGCGCAUACCUCCGCCGCCCGCCGCGCGUCUUGGCCGCCGCGGCCGUUCAAUUACGCGCCUCGAUUCGCCGUACGGUUGCGAUGCCGGCAGUAAAGCUGUUGUGUACCAAUACAGCCGUAAACCUGUACGUCUGCACCGGGACGUUGUUCAGCACGGAAACGCGUUCCGACGGGCGGAGUUAGGUUUUGAGGACGCGAACACGCGGGAUAAUAAAUGCAAUGUUUUAAUUGCACGUCCUCCGUGUACGAAUUCGCUCUAUUUCACACUUAUAGCCUUUUUACCUCGCUGUCUCUCUUGAUCCGUUCGGACCGAUCACACCUCUCGGUCCCCGGGGUGAAUGUUCCGUGUAGAUCAGCGUUUACCAACGCGGGGGCGCCACUCAAGGGAGCGUGUUCACAUUGCUGGGGAGCCGCGAGCAGUCAUCGCGGAGUACAAUUUGUAUUUGUUAAAUUAUUUGUAUUUUACAAUGCGGGGAAAAAAUAAAAAUGUAUCAAUGUCCGAGGAAUCAGGUAUCGAUAUAAGGAUCACGAGCAAAGUCGUGUUUAGGUAGACGCGACAUCAGGGGACAGUUGUCGUUUUUGAUAAGAUUUGUUUGCUUGUCGACACCUAGCAGAUCAACUUUUUUUUUCCCCAGCAUGUCUGUUAAAAGGAGAAGGGAGGGGGGCGAGUGAUUUUUAAAAGUCUACUGAGGGGACGUAAAAUAAUAGAAGUCGGGAACCACUGGUCUAGAUGUAUUAUAACUUGUAAGUCUGUGAGUGUAGCAGACGAGUCUCCGUAUCCGUAUUAUUAUAUCAUUUUGUUUCGUUUAACCGCCGAUGCCACGCGUUAUCAUAAUAACAACACGUAGUAAAUAUAAUAGGUACGCCCGUAGAUAAUAAAAAAACGGAUAGACCACUCCUAUAAUAAUAUUGUAAGCGAGGCGAUGUUCUCGGCGGAAAACUGAGACGAUUCAUCAUAUCAUUCGUAUAAAUAAAACGCCUCAUUUUAUGAAACAUUUGGAAUAACAGACUGUACCCCGUCCCUAUUGGAACACCGAUAAUGGUGCGGAUAGUCCGACCAUGUUUUUAUUAUCUAUGGCGAUUAUUAGACAUAACAAAUAAUUAUCAGUUUUUAGAAACUACCUGGAAUAUCAAAAAAACACGUCCACGAAAUGCGCAGACCAGAUCGAAUACGCCACGAGAAAGUUCCCGUAAAAUAUUUUAUUGGACCGAGAUUUCCGGUGGAAAAGUUGUUUACAAACGCGGACAAAACUCACACGCAAACUCGAAGACAUAUUUGUAAAACCGAUCGAUACGCCCGGAAUCUAAAAAAAUAUCCGCUUACUCAUGUUAUUUAUUGUACACCAUUUAUAUGCGAUACGAUAAUAUCAGCUGCUAUAAUAGUAUGUAUACGUAGCUUUAGGUAGCUACCGUAUGAUACAAAAUAUGUCCUUAGUAGUUAUUAAAAGAAAAACCAACAAAUAUACGAGUAGAACCAAUCGUGAAUACUAUUAUUAUUAGGUAUUUUUCUCGGGAGUGUCGGGCGGAGAUUUUUUUAAAUUAUUUUUUCCGCAUUUCUGUUGUCGAUACGUCAUACUGUUGCGUAGUAUUAUAGUUUUCGUACAAAGGUCUCGUCUACGUAGCCAAUCAGGUUUGACCUUUCAAUUAUUAUUUUACUAUUUUAUCAUCACUUUUGUUGGGCCGGGAGAACGUGUGUCCGUCGUUAUAAUUUAUCGCACCUCGAUCGGCCGUUGCAAACGCUGCCGCGAGGUUACCAUUGGUUCGGACCGCGGUUUUCUAACAGUAUUAUUUUAAACAUAGACUUUCGCACGCGUUUACCGAUAAUUGUUAUAAUUUUUUUAUAACAUGGUACUCCCGGUUUCGAUAACAACGCGAGACAUCGUCAAAAUUCAAUCUCGGUCACGCUGAAUUCAGAAACGUACAUUUCCUGCGAAAUAAAAUUCUACCCGACGCAGUUUUGCGUAAAAAAUCGCGGGGUUUAUUUUCAAUUGAUUUCCUCCGUUCACUCGCCGUGCUUCGCUCCGUUCAGGGCCCCAGACGAAACAGUUUAAAAAUUUAAAUAUCGAAGCAUUAGUUUAGUAUUUAUAAAUACGGAUACAGAAACUCCGGCAAAAACUUAAAUGUAAGAAGAUUAUCUGUGCCCUACAUAUACCAUAUACCUAUAUAUAUAGUAUAGCGUUAAUGUUGUACCGGUAUUUAAAUUUUAAAGCGAGAUUCAAUCGUUUUUAAAUCGCGACGUUUCACAUACCUACUCGUAUCUCGUUUGAAAAUUAAAUUAUCGAAAAAAAAAGCCGACGUUAUGGCACUGAUAAUCUCCUUAACAGGUAAGUUAUGAUGCUUCUUUUUUUAAAUUUAUUUAUGUUUCUACGCAUAAUCACCGGGUUACAUACCAUAUCCGUUCAGAAUCGUAUUUACGGAACUGUAUAUUAAUACGUGCGUAUUUAGAAACCGGGAACUCAAGUCGCUCGUACGUAUAAUAGUAUGAGCUUUCCUUACUCGGUCAAGUUGUGACGUUUCACGUACUCGUAACUCACAUAUAAAAUAAUCAAUGUAGCGUAAAAAGCCGAGGUACAAACACGCGCGUAGUAGUUAAUGUUUUUACGUUUACGUUACAGUCAAUUCGCUCUGAUGUUUAAAACUAACAGCACAAAUUUCCGGUCCUCUAAAAAUCCGUUUUAACGACAGAAAAACUUAUUGUGAAAUAAGUACUACACUAUAGACUGCAACAUUUCGAAGACAAUCCCGUCGGCGUUUUAGUCGUUUUUCAAUUGUUGUUCACCGUAUAUUUAUGCUCGAGUAUAUCCGACUCGAUACAAAAAAAUAUUUUUUGUCAUUUUUUUAAAUAUUUUUUAUUAUAACUUUUUAGACAAUCGAUGUCUCGAAAAAUUAUCAUAAAGAAAAUCGUCUUCUUAAUGUUGCCGUUUAUAAAUGAUUUUCAAGUGGGCGCUUUGUGCUUUUAAACCGAUUAUAUUUUCAAAGGCUUUCCGUCUGUUUUUAUAUAAUAUCAACAUUUUUACAUGUAACUACAAUGUAAAAAUAGUCCUGUUACACCCUGUAUACUCGUACGCGAACGGCCAUUUAACUAUGACCACUAAACGGGCUGAACGAAUAGAGACUACUCACAUAUUAUAUAUAUACUGUUCUAUCCGAGUGCGUUUGUUUUUGGAUUUUCGGCGACGCGGUCGUAAACGUUUUCUGAAUAAUCAUUAGAAAUCGUAGAUAUGCGUAUUUAAACGGCUAUUGCGAUAUGUAAUACGUUCGUACGCCUGAACACGAGCGUAUCCCGCCGCGGAUACGACGUUACUGUAUCCAAGAAAAUAACGAAAAAAAAAUCGUGAUCGACGUAUUAAAGUUUAUAAUAUUAUGUGUCGGGUGAAAAAAAAAAUAACAAAACACGAACGGUCGCUUUAUACCGCACACGCGCAUAUAUAGGUAGCGCAAUAAUGUGAACGCGUGCAUGGUAGGGUGAAAAAAAAAAUAACAAAACACGAACGGUCGCUUUAUACCGCACACGCGCAUAUAUAGGUAGCGCAAUAAUGUGAACGCGUGCAUGGUAAUAGUAUGUAUAGGUAUUUUAUGUAUAUAUAUUGAUAAAACUCGUGUUCUUACAAAUUACCCAUAUAAUAUAUUAUCAUUACACACGUACACCUAAUAUACAUUGUGAUGAUAUUCUACAUAAUAGGUGUACAAAAUAAUUAUUGUAAAUCAAUAAAGUUGUUUUCUUUUUUAUUUUAUUAUGACGAUCGUUAAUAAAAAAAAAUUGACCUAUAACCGACCGCCGCCGCCGCAGCAUACGUAUAAGAAUACCUAUAUGCACAUCGACGGUGGUCAAUAACCACCGCGUUUAUGAUAACAUACAUUUUUUGAUUUUUUUUUUCGUUUUUUUUACCUAAUUUGAUAUCAUUAUACAUACCUUUAUCGUGUCGGUAUUUUUGUACACGUAUACGAAACGAAUUAAUUAGCCUCGGCAAUCUCUUUCGUGCGGUUAAUAUAAUUACGUAUAUAGGUAUACAUACGUAUACCUUAUACGUACAUCGCGUCACUAAUAAGCUCGUGUUUUGUUAACGAUGAAUUCAAUUCGAAUAAACACCGCAGCUAUUAUCGUGUAUAAUAUAAUUUUAUUAUCAUUGCAAUAUCAUUUAAUAACUGUUAAUUAUUAUUAAUGGGCCGGUCGCGUCUGCAGGUUCCUCGUAUACGUAUUGUAUACGUUUUAAAACCGGCGGGAAUAAUAAUUACAAUUAUCAUAAUAUAAUAGUAUUUCCCGAUGUCCGAUUCAAAUUUUCAAAGUACGUUUGUCCGAAAUAGUUUCGCGGUAAAUCGGUUUACCGUUUCGAAGAUCUCCGAAAUUAUACGUUAUUCGACGAAAAUACCGAAUCGCAUUGGUUCGUAAAUCGACCCCCCUAAAAAAAACCAACAUAGGCAAUUUGUCAACAGAACAAUACUUCAAACAAUUGGCACGUAUGUCUAUAAUUUCCCGUCCACAUAUCCGGCUAAAGCGUCAUAUUUGUUUGCGAAAAUUGGCCGUACCCCUUGACCGUGGUAUAGGUAAUUGGGCUGUAGAUAAACGGUAAAGUCUUAUCGUUAGGACGUGGUCAUAAAAUGUUUAAAAAGUAAUGUUUUAAAAUAUUUAACAUAAUUGCGAAAACGUUUGGAAAACCUUCGACACCUUCAACUGUUACAACGUUAGUCUAUUAAUAAUAAUACGGUCUGUUUGUAUAAUUACUGAUAUACGCGAAUAUUAAAAAGCGGGCCUGAUUUUUCGUAUCGGUAUUUUUGCUUUUGUUUACGACGUUUGUCGACAUAACAAAAGCGUACGCCGCAUUAUGCGACCCCUGUACACUUAAUACGUUUGUAUACAUCGUGAAUGUCUCGUUUCGAUUGUACCUAUAUACAUAUAGAUUUUUACGAACGAAAAGUUAAUAAAUUAAUAAUUAUUCUGGUAUAGGAAUAAUUCGGUGUUUAUACAGGACGUUUUGUUGAAUACAUUUUUUUAUAUAUUUCGUAAUAAACUUAGGUAUAACUACAUGGUGUAUAACAUCCGCGUGUACCUGUAUUAUAUGAAAAAUGUAUAUUACCGAAAGAAAAAAAAAAAGUCUUAUUACGUAUGCGUGUAGCGUUCGGUAAUUUACACGUGUAGCGUUCGGCGGUUAGGUUACCCGUAAAACAUUUUAUAGUGGUAGGUACCUACACUUACGCGCCUACGGUUUUUUUAUUUUUUUUUUUUUUUCAAAUCUAAUCCGAAAUUACUGGAAAGCAAAAAAUGUAUAGGUAUAUUACUGUGCAGUUGCGGGCGUACAUUAAUAAUUAUGAUGACCCGAUAACCCGUCAUUUUCGACCCUAAAUUAUAUAAAUUUAGAUUUUUCGGAAUAAUGUAUACACGUUAUAAAUAGUACCCGAUACACUUAGGUCAGAUAAAAAAAAAAAAAAAAAACAACGCCACGGACGAUAUUAUUAUUAUUAUAUUAUAGUUGAACCUCGUCGAAACGAGACGACGACGACGUUAUAGACGGGUAAUAAAAUCACAUUGAGGCCAUAACACGGAAUGCAGAUACGAUCGAUCUACCGACGACGAGUCAAUAUUAUUAGGUUUAAUACGACGAUUCCUAAUAGUUUUUUUUACCACUAUAAAUAUUAUUUUUGUAAACGCUAAUGUCACGCAUAAUGGACGGCGGUCGGUACAUUAUUAUAUACGAGUUCGGCGUUUGGACGAUACGUUUAUGAGGUAUAAUUACUACUUAUUAUUUUAGUACACGUUAACAAAUUGUUUCCAAAAAAAAAAAAAAAACCCUACAAAUCAUAAAGAAUGACGGUCAUCGAGAGUAAAUAAGCCUCCGUGAUAAUAUUGUAUACGGGGCCGUACUCCGCGAUAGGGGAAAUCACGCGGAGUACCUACCCCGAUAAUUUUUACAGACAUUAAAGCGUACCUAUACUACCUCUUUACUAAUAUUAAUACCGUAAUCGCGGUAAGGUCAAUUUCAAUCGUAACUGUCGUAUAAUUAUAAGAGAAAGGAGUAAUUUUUUCGAGUCUCGUACUUUUUUUUAAAUAUAUUUCAUACUGUUUAUAAGUUAUUAUAACCGUUCUUUUGUUUUACCGAUUUGAGCGCACUGUAGAAAAAUCGCACAUAUAGACGAAGAACUCGAAAACUUUUUUCAACGGUCAGCUAUAUUAUAAUGGAUGUAUAUAGGCGGUUAGAAAAUGCAUUCCUUUGGCAGAAACAUUAUUAUUAAAAAAUGAUAAAAAAAAAACCGUUGAACUGCAGACGAGCAUCCAAAACCGGGGGAAAUAGCGCACAGACGAUAAUCUUAUAUCUAAGAUUAUCUUAUCCGGACGAAACCACGGAAAAAUAAAUAUAUUUUCGAAUUUGCGGUUGCGCGAGUAAAACAUCAUACAUUUUGAUUAUACAUAUUGAUAGUCUGACGGUAAUGUACAGACACGAAACAGUAUAGUAAUUGUUUCGAUCGUAACAAUAAUACGCGACUUACCGACGUGUUUAUACAGCGUCGCCGUCGGGGCCGAGUGGAAGUUUCUCGAGACGAUUCGUGAAAUAUAUAUUCGGUUUCAGGAAACAAGGACUUAAGUCGAUUUCGUACAGUUUGCAAACAAUACAUAACUAAAGUAACUCGACAUGCAUAGCCGUUCGCAAUACGAGCAAAUUAAAUUUUGGAUGUACACUACGCACACUAAAUGCACUAAUUUUUAAAAUAUUUAUGAGCGGAAACAACUUUGAUUCAUUAGACAAAUUGAUAAAUGUAUGUUAAAAAUUUUAUUAUCCAUAAAAAAAAAAUUCACUUCAGCCCCUCUUCCCUGUGAUCAAAGAUAUAUUAUAUGCGGUUCGUUUCGCUAUACGGUUUAAGUAUUUUCACGUGUUCGUACACUUUGUUCGUAUUGUUUUUAAUUGCAUCGCGCGUAUGUUUUAUAAUUAAAAUAUUUUUAUUUUUUAGCGCGAGGAUUACUCUAUAUACAUAUACAAUGGACAUCUAAUUAUCCGGAUUUAUUACCGCCGUCGUGGCAGAUUAUAUCGUAGCCCGCAUAUUUUCGUUAUUUAUACGUAUACACAAGUGUAAUAUAUUCGGUUUAAUUUUCGUAUUUUAGUUAACAGUUAUAAUAUCAUCGGACGACAAAUCACUGAUUAAUGUUGUGUGUAUCGGAUUCCAGAAUAUCGAGAUUUCGCCAAUGAUUACGAUUAAAAUUCGUAUAAAAUGUCCGCGAUUACCAAAGAAUCUGUACACCGAUUUCCGUUAGCAAAACAUUAUGUAUACCCUCUGACUAUUUUACUGGAAUAUAUAAUAUGGUGCGUCCGUAUAAGUGUCGUCGUUCAAAAAGUGACAGAAUGAAAAAAACAUGUUUAAAAAAAAAAAAAAAACAAGUGCGUUUAAAUGCCUGCCUUAUUUCAUCCCUGUACAUAAGUACGAAACAGUGUGAAAGUGAUAUCGUAAAUGGUUUAUGAAAAUAUACGAACCGCCGAACGCGUAAUUCCCGAUUAAAAUCGAAAUUAUUAAUAUACAAUAUUCAAAUCUCUUCUUCUCCUUCGCCCGACUAUUCGGGGGUCGGCCACCCAAUUUCCACUCUACCCGAACCCACGCAUCAUCUACCGCGCGUUCACCCGCCGAUCACAUAUCCGCGUUCACGAUCGCAUCCACGUCACCUCGUUUUCAGACUUUUCCCCGUCUUUCCGUCUAAACGUAUUACCGUUAGAAUUUUUAAAUGAAAAACGUAAAUGUUUAAACGAAUGAAUUGAAUGGAUGAUUUUCCCACCUAGUUGAACGAAAAUCGCGAUUUUCAAAUUUUACGGAUUGUAAGUAACGCCAUUCAAAUAAUCUCGUCGUUUUUCGCACGAUUUAUAAAAUACAUAUGACGACGGGUCCACGUCGUGGCUCUAUAGUAAGUAUAUAGUGUUAUACUUACCGCGCAUUCUCGUGUUUCCUCCCCCCCCCUCAUAAAUCAUAGGCACUUUCCGCCACUGAAACGGAAUCGUUUAGGCGUCGAUACGAGCGUAUAAUACUACUGUAAAGGUCGUUUUGCUCGAGAGUCGGUUUGACGCGACAAGGUCGCAAUCCGAGUACGUCUGUACGGCCUCAGCGAUGUGACUAAUUGCAACAUUCCCGUACUCUUCAACACACAAUGUGUGCAUCUGCUGCGAGUAAGUUUUUCGUAUAGCGUGUGUACAAUAAUGCGCACGAAAGAUCCGGUGUCGAAGCUUUUCACGGUCCACAGGUGAUAAUAUUACUUUAUUGUUAUUAUAAUAUCUCACGAUGCAGUGACGGCUCGGUGUGUUUUUACUUUCUUUAAAAAAAAAUUUAACGAAUUCCAAUAAAUUCUAUCAAAUUUUCACGGUCUAAAAUUCUUUUAAUCAAUUUUAUUUUGCAAAAACCAUAAUAUUAGUGCAGUUGUCGUAUUUCCGAACAACCAACCGCCCGGUUUUUCGUGAAUCACGUGAUUCAAAUGUACCCCUUUCGAGCCGUCACAGUCGUGACGUACGUGAAAUCCGUCGGAUACGCGCGUUCCGGGGCCAUUUUCGAAGCCGGAUUUCCGCAGGGACCCCCCCCUCCUUCCUUUGAAGUCGAAUUCGACAGAAUCGGACUCAACGAUUUAUGUACGUUUUGAGUUUUCGUUUUGGACGGACGGUUUUUUUUAUACGCGCGUAAACGACGAGUACACGACGGCGGUGGACGGACUACGCCCGUGGCCUCUACCCUCCCCCCAUGAUUUUCGAAAACGUUUUAUUAGCUUUCCGUAUAAAGUUUCCAAACGGAUUCCGCCGUAUGCGAUUUAUUAAUAUUAUUAUGAUAUUAAUAAACAAAUACGAUCGUGUCGCUGUCAUAUCGGACAGACGCAUAAUACAGUUUUCGGCGUAAAUGAAUUAUUUUGGGUGGGCGGCGGCGAUGAUAACGGUGUAGUGCCACGAAUAUAACCGCGUCGGGUCGAGUAGAGGAGAGUCGCGGACGGAAAAAAAAAAAAGGAAAAAAGUGUAAUAUAUUAAUAUAAUAAAUAAUCGUAAAAACGACUAUGCGUAUAAUACGUAUACAGUGUGUACGAUAAUCUUGUCAACGUUUUUUUUUUCCAUAUUAUUUUUCCAACAAUAAGCUCGUAUAUUAUUUCGUUUAUGUCGUGUGGGACGGUAAGUAUGUAAACAAUGUGUCAACAGCUCUCUCUCUCUCUCUCUCUCUCUCUGUCUAUCUCCGUGUCCCUCCCAUCCCUCUAUCUCUCGUCUCUCGGUAAGAGCUCGGCCAGUUAGAUUGGAAAAUAUAAAUAAAUACGAGACACUUUCUUUUCCGCGCGUCUACCGGAAAUAUUCCGCCCGAAAAAAAAGACCUGCGGUGGUGGUGAGGGGGAGGGGGAGAAACGAUAUUUUAUAAUAUUAUAUUAUAUUUUAUAGCACCCACCUCUACCUAUACAUUUACGUAAUAUUCUUCUCGGGGGCUUGUGGAGGGCGGCGGUGGCCCUAUUAUCGUCGUCGACGCGUGCGCGGGUUUUGACACUUGUUUAUUAUACAAUGCGACAGUACCUACGUAUAUUAUACUGUAGCGUGAGGCUAUAUUAUUGCAUAAUAUAUUGAAGCGAUAUAGAGGAACCGGGGCCGAAAAACACGAGUUUUCCCUUACGCCGAGGAUUUUGAUUGAUAACCCGGCGGCGGCGAAAUAUUCGCUGUCGCUCGCCCGCAAUUAAAACGGCGACGGCGACAUCGAGUACUCUCGACUCUCCCAUGUGUGCAUAGGUCUCAUUGUAUUGUAUGCAUACGAAAAUAAUGUUAAUUAACGGAAAACGCCGCGUUAUUAUCACGAUGUAUAGGAAUAUAAUGUAUACACGAUAAUAAUAUAUUAUAUAUUAUAUCGUGUGUAAUAGUAGCAGGCGACUAUGUAUAAUAUAUUAAUAAUGUAAUAUACACGGUACACGAGAUUGUAAUACGUAGGACGUAUACGCGCGUUAUCAUACGUGUACGGUCGUAAGUACGCGAGUUUUUUUUAUAAGUAUAAAAUGCAAAAAAAAAUGAAAAUAAAAAAAAUAUAUAUACAAAAUACGCGUGUGCGCUUAUAAUAAUAUACACGCGUAUGUAUAUAUAUUCGAAACCGUAAUAAUGGCUGUUAUCAGUUCGACGAUCAAACGCGCAUCGCUUGUGUAUACGCGUAUUAUAGGUACCACGAUAAUAUACGCGUAUAUAAUAUACACGGAGGUGGUUUGUAGUGUGCGUGUGUUUGUAUGUGUGUGUGUUGUGUGUGUGUGUGUGUGUGUGUGUGUGUGUGUGUGUGUGUGUGUGUGUGUGUAGCCCACGAAAACGGGUUCAUAAAUAUUUAUGAAUUGUUACUGCGUGCGUAUAAAUUAUAGAAUUUUAUUACGUCCCCUCCCCUCUGCCGCCGCCCCCACGUCAAGCACCCGCCGCCGCCGCCGCCGUUUUUUUACCGGCGUGUCUCGGGCCGUAUAUAUAUAAACAUAUUGUAGGUACCUACUCGGUAUAUAUAGGCGACGAGUGUGUAUCCCCAUAGUUUUUUUUUUUUUUUUUUUUUUUUUUUUUUAUAUCCGUUUAAAAUAAUAAUAAUAUUAUAAAACCGUGGUUCGAGUUGGUUAUUAUUUUUUAGCGCAGAGGAAAACGACGAAAAAAAAACCGGGCGGCGUACAACGGCUAAUUGUUCGUGGGGUCAUGCACACACACACACACACACACGCGCGCGCACGCACGCACUCGCACGCACAAACAUUACACGUGCGCGCGCGAUAAUGUCGUUACUCGCCGUUGGGGGCGCCGUGUGAGGGGGGUGGGGGCUCGGGGUUGCUCCUUGAAAUCAACGAACCGCGGGGCCACGAGGAAAUAUACACGGGGAGUGUCGGGUAAAAUUGCUGCAGUAUACGAGUAUAUCUAGUGAGCCCCCCCCCACAGUGAAGUUUUAAAAACCCGGGCGCCCUUGCUCGGUGUUGUGAAAAAACGGUCUGGAAUGGACGCGAACCGUUUUAGCUGAUCAAUUCGGCGGGGUCCUCUCGGGUUGUACCGAGGGCGGUUCGUGUCAGACUCGGCGAAAUAGGAGGGUCCGAGGGCUUUUGAUCGUAGGAUAAAGGCCGUCCGUUCGUCGUGUGAGCGUAUUUGUAACGCGCGCGUUGCUAAGUGAAUAUGAUUUUGUAUUUUUCGGUGUACGAUCUCGCCGAAUAUCGAUAAUAUCGAUUUACUCCUCGAGAAUUGCGGACGUCCGAGGUUAACCCGAUAGUGUAGAAAUGUCUGUCCAUAAGCUCUCAUAAAAGUCUCGUAUAUAUAGAAUAUAUAGAAUAAUAGAAUAUAUAGAAUAUAUAAAAUCAUAAAUGUCUUCUACCUAUGUAUAACAUACUUCGCUGCUGGCGGCCGUCGAUUCGUGCCGGUAAAAUUACAAUGGUGGUUAGGCAGCCGUCAAAUGUCGACGGGUUUUCUAUGGUCAAAUGAUAAUCAUGUAUGGGGAAAACAUUUUACACAUCUGCAUAAUUUUACAUAUAUUCCUAAUAGUCGGGAUAAAGGCAAAGAAGAAGAAAACAUUUUUUGAACGACUAUGCGACCGUGUGUAGACGAAAUUUACUUUGUUUCGGUAAACGUUUUUAGACGCGUUGGUUUUAUAUUUCUGUAAAGGAUUUUCUAUCAGAAAUCUCUCUCCACGAUCAAAAACUUUCUAUGCAUUUUCUCAUAGUACGUUUGAUCUAGUACGUCGGGAAAGUCAAUUUACAAUUUUCCUUGAAGUUUCCUUAAUGAACAAACGAAAACGGGUAAUUUUUUGUCGAGAAAACUACUAGGGAAAUGAAAAAAAAAAUGGCAUUACAAACGUGACAAUCUGGAUCGAAAACCGUUACAAGAAUGUUCGCAUAAAAUGUUCGAUCGGAGCUCAGGUUUCGCAGGUAAACAAGUUGUUUACAGACACCGGACAAAAAAAAAAAACACGUAACAGUCGAAUCAAUACGUUUCUCGUUUGAUGACAAGUAAUCAGUAUCUAACAAACCGACGCGUCGUAUAAAUUAUUAUUAUUACGCAGUGACGCUCCCGUUAAUUCGUUUGAGAGUAUACUGUAUGUGACACCCUGUACACGGGGUAUUUUAUAUUUUUCUAGUAGUUUAUUACGUUCGUAGGGAAACGCAUUAAAAAUGUAGAUAUUCUGUUGGCGAUUCAUGGUAGUAAAAAUACUGCGAGCCGCCACUGUCCGGGCGUAUAAAUAUUGCGCAAAAGUGUGUGUUUUGUCGUUGUCGUCCACCGCCGGACGUCGCCUCGUUGUCGCGGUCGCGUUUUCGCGCUAAUCGCGAGUUCGGCACCGCGCGGAAUACGAUAACGCUAUUGUUUUUUUUUUUUUUUGCGAUAAUCGACCCCGGAACACGGUGCUUAUGACAUUGUUAUUUAUUCGAUUUCCGUACGUUAUUAUACGACGGACGUCGUUUAUUAUUAUUUGCCGUUUUCCGCUCGACCGUCGCGCGAAUUAUUUAAAACUGCAACCGAUACGGAACGCGCCGUCGAAUUCGGCACCGCGGCGGCGGCCCGACCGUGGCUGCGCGUAAUGCGUGCGCGACAAGUACGCGCGGGCCCGCGUGCCGCGGCGGCCGCCGUUCCGGUCUAUCGGUUUUCGCGGUCGGGACGACGACCACGACAACAUUACACGUAUUGCCGCGCGCCAAACACAAUACGAUACGAUUGUACACACGUGUGUGUACAACACCGACGACGGCGAUAAUAAUGACAAUCAUAUUUCACGGUAUUAUCGAAAUGACGCGCGGACGCGUACACGUUUCACACGAGAGCCCGGCGAAGCGCUUUCGGGUUCGCACCUCGCGCAAUAACCGGUCCCGCGUCUCCGUAUCGGAUGGCCAAUUAAAACGAUUAUGCCGCGCGACAGCGGACACCCGAAGACACCGCGCGCGCACACACACACACACACACCGCGGCAGCGCAGACGCGCAAUACGCGCGCGCACCUCGCCCGUCGCCUAUCGGCGCGCGAGUAACGACGUCGUCGCCCGCCGCGGUAAUAACGUAAUAGCGGGCGCGCGCGGGUGACGGCGGCGACGCGUUUAAUAUUACGAAACGCGUAUCAGUUUCCGUUCGUUUAUUUCGCGUUCGGGUUUCGCCGCGCGAGACCCCCGCGUUCCGUUUACCGUUCUCCGGGAGGCCCGAGACCCGUUCGCCCGCAGUCCUCGCCAACCACCCCCCCACCCAACCCCGAAGACGGCUCUGGCGUUCAACGUUCCGGUCGUCCGGCGUGAUCGUUUUACAAUAACUCUGCUGCAGCCGUAUACGUAACGGUACGCGAAAAAAUAAUAAAAAACAUAAUUAGUUUUACGCCGUUCGAACAUAAUAUUAUCGGUGUAGCAAUUGUUUUUAUAAUAUCGCCGCGCACGUCGGGAGCCGUAUUUCGAAACGCGUAAACGUUCCGUAACAACUACAGGACUUCAUUGACCGCGGGGUGCGAAUUCGUUCGCACGUGGUUUUUUUUUUUUUUUACGCGAGAAGGCCGCGUCGCGUUUUACGGCUUUAUCGCCUCCGCCAGUCCCUAACUAUAUACAGGUAUCGGUUUCGGUACAAUAAGUCAUCUGUUUCACCAAUCGAAAUUUAAUAACGCGAUUACAUAGAUCGCGCCACUACGAGAGAAAAAAACACGGGGACAUAGAAACCUUGAAACUGGAAAGUUGAAAAUGUUCGAUCCUCAUGCAGUGUUGCUGCUAUUCUCAUCGUCGAUGUAAUACAACGUAAAAACCGUGUCGGGAUGACCGAAGGGGGACGAGGAGUGAUAAUAACGUCGUGGAAAACGUGCGUUUUUAGGACGUUUUAGGAUUUUUCCAUUAUACCGUUUUUCCCAACGCGCGAUUGCAAAUAAUAAUUUUGCGCAAGCUAUUAUCGCGUACACAUUGACGUAAUAAUGACGAUUUUUGUUUUUGUUUUCGCAGAGCGUAAUGACGGGAGAGUCUGUGUCACCGCCGUUGGCCGCGGGCGGCGGUGGCGGCGGCCUGUCGCCGGACGUCAUGGGCGCCGCGGGCUGCGGCACGUGCUGUACCGCGGCCGGGGCGCCCGGCGCCGGGGCGGGCGACCGCGCCGGUUCCGAGUCCGCCGUGGCCGUGUGCUCUUGUCAGCUGGCCGCGGCCGCGUCGUUGCCGCCGCACUACGCCAGCCACCGGAGCACGCCGGCCACGACGGCCGUGUACGCGCCGUACCCGUCCACCGACCAGAACCCGUACCCGAGCAUCGACACGUCGUCGUUCUACCCGCACUUGGUGAGUUUAUUUUCGUUACGUAGUAUUGCUGUAGGCGCCCGAACCGUAUAAUGCGCGGCGAUCAUUAUUCGUCUAAGUGUAUAAUAAUACGAUGUUUUGCGAUGGUUAUCGCCGCAGUCGGAAAUUUUUCACGACACGCGAUUAAACCAUUGGUUCGCACUCGUCAACCGCGCGUAUUACAACGGCAACAACGACAACGACAACAAUAAUAAUAUAAUUAUAACGACAGUAAUAGUAAUAAUAUAAUUAUAUUUAAUAUAAUAAUGGUAAUAAUUAAUCGCACGCGUGUCAUUUAUAUUAUAAAUUGUGUCGCGUGUAUUUCGAUGUAUUUUAAUUUGUCGCGUUUAUCCGGCGCCGCGGAGACACGUCAUCGUCGCGCGCGCCCGUGUUGUUCGACGGUAAUUUUACGCCGCGUCUUUUUUUUUUUCCUCUUUUUUUUUUUUUUUUUUUUUUUUUAAUGGCCCUUUUAACGCGGUACCAUAAGUCAAGUCGCCCAUAUAAUCCGGUAUCAAUUAUAUUCGAUUAUUUGGGGUGUGCUCGGCUUGUGUGUGUAAGUAUGUAUAUGUGUAUAUAAAUAAAAAGCCUUUUUGAGCAGUGGCCCAAAGGACUAGCUGCUAUUAUAUUAUACGAUCGCGGGCGUGUAUAUAAACUCCGGCGGGGCGGCGAGAGAAGAAGCUUUGGCGCGCGAAGUGCAGCAACGUUCAUAAAUCAAUCCGAUCCCGCCGCGCCGCCACAGCCUCCGGUUAACCGAAGGGGACGACGCCGCCGUCGCGGCAGGGGGCGGAAAUCGGCGCGAGACGUGAUUUAUCGCGGAGGGGGUGGGUGGGCGGGUAGGAGCGGUAGGGCGGGAAAGUGCGGUAUAGCGGCGGCGGCGGCGGCGGUGAUUUCGCGAACCGUGCGGCAGCUCUCUCUUUAUAUACGCGCGCUCUGUAUGUAUGUAUAAAUAUAUAUAUAUAUACCGCCGCUAUUAUAUCGGGUGUGUGUACCGUGUAUAUAUCUAUGUAUACACCCUACUCGUUUGGUUCGGCGCACGCGCCCCCUACGGAUAUAUGUGCGUGCGUGCUCGCGUGCGUGUAUGUGUGUGUGUGUGUGUGUGUGUGUACGCGCACGAGAGAACCGCAACCGCCUGGGCGGAGGCUUCAUUAACGAGCGGAAAAUUGACGGCGCGGCGGCGGCCCGCCGAGUGAGACGAGGGCUUUUCGCGCGCGUCCGGGGAACGGCGGGAGAGAAAAAAAAUAAAUAAAGAGGAGAAGCUUAUGACUUUAUAUAUUAUAUUAUACGUACACAUAUAUAUAUAUACGUACACGCGCGAGUAUAAAGAGGGUAGUGAACGCCGCCGCGUGAAAAAUAACCGUAUACGAGGGGUGGAUUGAUGAAUAUAAACACGAGCAUCUUUUAUAUCAAUGAGUCUGUGCGUGUAUGGUAUAGGUAUAUAUAUGUAUAUAAACACGCGCGGGGAGUGCGGAGGGAGCGGGAGACGAUAAUAAUAUAUAUAUAAUGGGCGUGUGUGUGUAUGUGUUCGCGCACAGAGCGUAUAACCCGGGCUCGUAUUGUACGUAUUAUACGCGUACGCGAUGCGCGCGGCGACGCGGCGGUUGAUUGAUACGUUAUCCCACUGACACGUAUUAUUAUUAUUAUUAUUAUUGUUAUUAUCGUAUACGCUACCGUCUGCAGCGCGUAUUGCGCGCGCGUGCGACGACGACGACGUCGAAAACAAUAACACACACUUAACCCGUUGCACGCGGACGACGCCGCCGCCGCCGGCCGCGCCGUGACGCGUCGAUAUUUCGUGUAAAUUACCGUCCGACCCUAAUUCCGUCGUAGUGAACGCUCGCGCGGUAGGUGCCGGCCGCGCGCGCGCCGCGACACUGUCGACUGUUUCGUUGUCGUCGUCGCCGUUCGAUUCGCGUAAGCGUUUCCGGAAUAUUAUCGCGUGCCGAUUUAUCAUCGCGCACGGACACCGAACGGUGCGACGCCCGGAUCGGGGGCCGGGGCCGGGGCAGACGGGCCCGCAAUGGACACGCGCAUCAUUACGGGUUAAAUCGGGAAUCAUAUUUUUUUCCGCCCAUUCGUAUUCCGCGUCAAUAGAAUGAGUCCCCUAAUUAAUUACGACCCUUAAUCGGGGGCCUGCGUAAUAGCGACAAUAGCGCGUAUCGCAAAUGUAUUCCGGCGAAAAUACAUAAUUUUCAAUUACGCCCACCCGACGAAUGAAUACUUCGCGCGGUCUAUGGGUCAUGGGGGAAUAUCGUGUUUUUCCUUUUCGAUUCGUUUAGAUUCCGGGCGUAUAGCAGUGAACGAGCUAAGAGACGUGGUGUUUUUUUUUUUUUUUUGGUCAGUAAACGCACUCCGGCGCUGUAUCGAUUUCGCGACUUAAUAGAUGCGGAUUUUUCGCUCGUAUGUUCGAAUUUAAAAAUAUUUUUUUCGAAAUAUUGAUUUUUAUGUCGCGGCGUUACUGCUCGACGGACAUUUAUACGAAACGUUCGUCAACGCGUUCAGCGAUCAACCCCCCGAGUCGUAUUAUUAUUAAUUUUUUUUUUUUUUUCUGAAAAUUCCAUUACAUGUUAUACUUUGCGAUAUACUAUACUCUUCAAUACUGAACAACCAUCCGUCGAAUAAAUGUUAAGAAAUUCGAAUUUCAAAAGAAUAAAUAACUGUUCGUGCGGGGUUCUCUAAGAAUAUAGUAUAGCUAGAAUAUUAUAGCUCCCCGCUGACUGUGGCCGUAAUUCGGCCCAGCGGGUUAUAUCAGUGAUAUAAUCGUUAGUAAGGAAUAUAUUUCUGUCUCGGGUCUGCUAGCAACCCCUUUUUUAAGGGGUGACGUUUAGAACUUCUCGCAUUUUUCGCAUUCGAAACUUUUAUAUACCGGAUACUAUCGUGUUUAAAAAUGCAUGCGUAAUUCGAAUCGGUACAUCAUAAUAAUACAGAGAUUAUUCGCUAUUCACGUUUUAACAAUACAGAUUCCGGAUUCUUCGCGAACAAAACUCAUUCGCACCAGCCGAGUCCUACGAUCUAAAAUUCACGCCAGACAAUAUGGUCUUAAUAUAUAUUUUGUACGUAGUACUUUCGACCGAAAAACCGAAAAAUUUAAAAUAAAAUAUUUCGACCGUUUCCGUUUUACAGACUCGGAACUUCUCUCCGCGUUAAGCGAUUUUACUGAUUUGUGCGCGUCCGUCCGUCCGCACGCGCGCUCCGUUUCUCAUGUUAUAGGUACACGGUCGCGAAUUUCGGAACUCGGUUUUUACCGAACGCAUGGUCAGGCUCGAUGAAGUCGGUCCCGACGUGGGUUUUCGCGGUCGGACCGGUGAAAUUCGGGACGAGGUCGUACGCAAUACCCGCUCCCCGCGUUCCGGAUAUCCGCGAACCCGGAUACAACGGCCGUGGUGUCGAAUUGUUUUGCCGAAAAUCGAACGCGGACGCGGAACACGUUCGCAACGCGCGCAAUUCCGUAUUAUGUUAUUAUUGUCGUGCGGCGCGUUCAUUACAAAACACAUCGAGUUUACGUACACACACACACACAACCCCCCCCCCCCNNNCCCCCCCCCGCCGCUCACUGUACAUAAUAAUAUAUAUAUAUAUAUAUUUAACCGUGUCGUUUCGAAAAACAAACCGUCGUGUGUUGUUAUCGUCGUCGCGCGUAGAAAAAAUAAAUAAAACAAAACGCGUGCGUCCCCGCGAACAACAAUACAAUUACGCGUGUAGCCCCGGAGGCGAUAAACGAUAACACGUCGUACCCGGUACAUAUUGGAUUUGAACGGUUCGCGCGCGCGGUUUUCGAGUGUUUGUCCGGACCGCCGUCGGGUUCCGAUCGAAAACGCUACGGACACACUCGCGACGACAAAACGCCGUUUCGCGUAUUAUCAAUUCGGGCUGUUAUUUCCGCUAUUCCGGUUCACGCCUUUUCCCGCACGCGCGCGCCCCUUACCCGCAAAAAUAACACAUUUUACCGGCGGCACGCCGCACACGAUAUAAUUGAACACUCGCCGACACGCGCGUACCGUACACCGCGGCCACUUGCGCAUUAUACGCGCGUACGGCUGCACGUACAACGGGAAAUGGACCGCCGCGGCGCUUUCUUUUCGCCGCCACUGCAGCCGCCGGACCGUGUCCGUGGAAAAAAUGUCCCUAUAAAUUAUUGUCGCGUACGCAUUCGUUUAUUAAGGGGGCGCGCGGCAAAAGCCGAAAUCGACCUUUCCGGUCGGCCGGCGGCCCGCAGAGCUUUCAGGAGAACCGCGUAUUAUACACACGGUGGACGGGGGACAGGGGGGGGGUUAUAUAUUUUAGCGGCCUCGGUCUUCGAGAAACGCUCGGUAUACAAUAUUGUAUAUAUAUAUAUAUAUAGGUAUACGACCGCGGCACUGUGUCUAUAAUGUACGAGUUACGUACUGUACGGUACCGAAUGUACGCCCUUUGUCACGAUUUCCAGUCACGUAUCCGGCAACGGAUUUACACUCGCGGCGGGCGAGCAGGGCCGUCCUCGUAAGAAGGGAUUUAUACAUUUUCAUACGUGCGCGGGCGUGUGUAUAAAUAUAAUAUAAUACGCGGACCAGUAACUGACGGUCCGGCACGAUCCCGCAGCAGUGGCGCGGGAGGAAUAAAAUACUCUGACGGUGGCGCGUACACGGUACGCUUACCUACUACGUAUGUAUAAUGUAAUAUAAUAAUAAUAAUAAUAAUAACAGCCGGCUAUAUAUACAGAGCCGAGACUGAAAGCGGACGAAAAAAAAAAUAAUACGUACAGAUAUACACGAGCGGUAACAUUGUUCAGACUGCAAGUUUGGCGCCACGAUAUAAUACAUAAGUACCUUCUCGCUCUCUGCAGUCUCUCUCCGGUGUUUUUUUUUUUUUUAUUAUUAUUUCUUUCCUCCUCCGCGCGGGACAAUAAUCAUAUCGUGUAUAAUAAUAUUAUGCGUGUACACUCACACACACACAUUCAUACAUUCACACGCACACACACACACACUAUAUAUACAGUCGUAGUAAUACGAGUUCCCACAACGUAUUGACCUGUUGUUGGCUUUAAUGGUGUGCCCCUCCCCCCGUUCGCCCCUUACCCCUGACAACCUUAUCCCCCCACCUUUGCCUUCGAGAAAACCCUUCGCUUCCACUUCGCGUCCACCAUAACUCAUGCGUGUGGCCGACGACGACGACGACGACGACGACCAUUGUGGCGGCCGUGUUUUACAUAAUAAUAAUAUGAUCGCGUAUUAAAUGUUGGCGUAUUUUAUUUCUCGUUUUUUUUUUUCUCUCUGUAAAACCGGCCGACGCUAAUUGUAGACGAGUGCAAAAAAAAGAACCAACGGCAGAAUAAAAAAAAAUAAAUAAUAAUAAAAAAUUACAACGAGAAACAAUAGACGCGCGAUAGAUGCAAACUGCACAAGCGGUCGUCGUCAUUUGUUCCGCGGCAAAAAGUUAUUUUUAUUCCGAGGUUUUUACGUUCUGUGUGCGUACUAUUAUUUUACGCGCCGUUGUUAUUAGGCAACGACGAUAUUGUAAUAUCGGAUUGAUGACGGUGUACAUUAUAUUUUAAAAGGUCGACGACUACGUUCUAGACUCAUAACGUCCGUCCAAUACCCGCAAAAGUCUUCCCGACAAUCUCGACGUAAAAGAUAAAAAUCUGCUGUUAACUAGGUUAUUUUUUCGACGAUUUUAUCCGUAGACGAUGCGUUUUGUGGUCCGUCCAUUUAUAAUUUCUAUAUAAUUAUCUAUGGCACAGAUUUCUAUAACCUCCGUAUAAUAUAUGUUACGGUUUAUCAUUAAAACCAAAUAAUAACAACAAUUUCGUCCGGCAGAAUCAGUUUCAUGCCGUUUCAGGCAUAUUAUCAAACUUAAAUGUGAAAACAUUGUCCGUGUUUAUACGCUUUUUUUUUUUUUUUUUUUUAUUCCUCGAUAGUUUUGUUUUUAACCGAGUAUGUGAAAUAUUGCUGUUUAAAAAUCUAUUUGUAUCUCGCUUAAAAAUAAUAUUAGAUAUAUCGUAAAAACCAAUGUACAUACAAACGUAGAGCAUUCCUUAAGGUUUGGUAAAUUUUACCCUCAGUAUUGCAGUCAACAGCACAAUUUAUUGAUCGAAAAUUCGACACUAACGGAUUUUCAACAUAUUAGCCGUAACCACCUACUGCAAAUAUGUGGUAUUACAUAAACCGGGUUGUCCCAUACCUCACCAUUAUAAUGCUUUCUGUUGAAGUCGCAGCUGUUCGAUUCGCGACGCCCGCGGCUCUUAUCGUAUUUGUUUUGUAAAUUGCGGAUGAAUGACAACACUGGUGUACGUGUCUUUUCGUACCAUCGUCGUACUAAUAUAUUAUGCACACGGACUUAUCAUCCAAUUAUCAUCACAAUUGUUUAUAAUAUAAAAACGGACGAUAAGAUCCAUGGGCCCGGAACGAAAUGGCCGAUCGAAACUUGGCGUUUUAUCGCCGGUUCGCAACCUAGUUUUUAAUUACAUGUUAUUAAUAUUAUGUCUACGGCCAAUGAUCAUGUCCGCGCUAUAUUUGCUUUUCCGCGUGCAUUUUUACACAUAUCUUGUUCGUAUAUAGGUACUAUAUCCGAUUUCCAUUUACGUCGCAUACGAUGCCAAACUCGUUUUAUACACUAUCAUGAAUCGUGUGCGACUAUUAUUAUACGCGUGUGUCGUAUAUCAGUAUUGCGGUCCAGUUACAGCCUCGGCCGCCACCGAUGUCAUAAACAACAAUAAUAAGUAAUCGUUUUGUCCUAAAUAUAUUAGCCGUCUUAAAUUGUUCGAUUGCCGUCUGCUGCACGCCGCCGCCGCGGCGCACAGGAAUCACGCGAAAACGUGGGGACACGCGCUCGUUUGAAUGCACAACGGUAUUAUUAUUUCGGAUUUUUGAACGAAACGACGGUAUUGGUUUUACUAUUAUUGUUAUAAUUAUUGUUUUUGUGCGUGCAAACGACUUUUCUACCGGAACUGUUGCUCCGAUCGAAAACUCUAUAGGAAGUUUCCUGCAAGCAUUUUCGAUCCAAUCGGUAUAUAUCCGUCAAGAAGGUCAUUUUUUAAUUCUCCCCUUAGUUUUAUUUUUAACAGACUGGCAAAACUGGUAAUUUUUGUUGAACUCUGGGUUAUUAUGGCAACAAUAAGGGAAAAAACACGACCAACAAUACUCUGCUCAGAAUAGGUUUUCGUUUAUUCGUUGCUUAUAGAUGUAAAUUAAAUUGAAUUACUCGGUGUAUCUUAUUUCCUUAAAAAGUGGCACACCCAUCAGCAGUUUUAUUUUUUUACCAUACGAGCGUAAAUAAUACGUUUUAUAUGUAUUAUUUUAAAUAUAUAUUUAUAUUCUGUGCGAAACUAAUAGGUAAAUUGUAUUGUAUAUUAUGUUUUACCAUGAUAUACCUACCCAAGUAUGUGUGUUUUUUCGGUUGGUAAAAAUCUUCCGACUUCCCGAUCGACGAUACUUUAUUAUUCGAAUAAUUUUUCCUAAUUGAUAUAACAUUUGCAUACCUUACCCCGCUUGGUUUACCAUCACGACUCCGCUCAGAGCCUUAUUGCCGUUCGUUCAUUUUUCUGUGUUCCGUAUACACCUACCCUUUCUCGAUUUUCCGUAAAUCUAUACAACAGUAUCAAUAACAUUACGGGUAUAGGUGUCUACAACGGCGCAAUGACGAUGUACGUCCGCGGAUUUUCUAUCAAACAUUUUCGCCGUGCCGGAACGGUUCGUUGUCGGCCCGUCCGUAAUAAUCGCGUUUGUAAUGUUGCAGCUGCGGUCGCCUCGCCAAUCGGUCGAAAACGGCGAAACGUUCUAAAAACACAAACGGCCGUAUCAUGCGAAUUUUCCGCGCCUAAUGAUUAGUUAUAUACAUUUUCCGUGUACCUAAUAUGUUAUUAUUAUUAUUAUUAUUAUUAUUAUUAUUAUCGCGUUGGCCGCGUGUUCCAAGGUCGUUUCCGCGCCCUCGGUGCGCGCGGAGGGUCGUCGACCGAAAUCACGCGACUUAAUUGCCCAGGCACGACACACCGCGUUAAUUAUACGGGUAACCGCGGUACAGGAAUAGGUAGCGCUUGAAAAAAAAACAAAAAAAAUUGUUUAAAAAUAAUACGCGAUAAAUUAUAUUUCUACGGCGAGCGCGGCGUAACCCCGAGGGAUAUCUUUUGUGUGCGCGCGACGGACACGCUCCGCCGAGUUCCGCCGCGUAUUUUUUAUUGGUAUUAAUAUUUUUUAUUUUUUAUUUUUUUUUUCUGCGUAUAUAUCUGAUUAUAAUACGCUAUAGUAUAUAUUAUAUACAGUUGCGGGUAUUUGCUUACAAAAUCGCGUAAUAUUAUUAUUAUUGUCGUCGUGCCGCGGCGUUUAUCAGGGACGGCGCGGGCUUUGAUCGGGUGGGCGGGGACGUUUUCCGCGGGCGUCACGUUUCGUAAUCGCUUACGAAACGUCGUAAAACGCGAUCGUUUUUUUUUCCAACUCCGUAGUUGACGUUCGCUCAACAGGACACGAAAUAGUGUGUUGUAUAGUACGCAAAGUGUGCAGCUCGACGUCGUUUCUUAUGAAAGGGCGCAAAAAAAAAAAAACGGCGCCUCGUGAUGUCGACGACGACGUAUCGACAAUCGUUCGGGAACAUGCAUAAAAAAACAAUGGGACAUACUUUGCACCACUGGCGGACCACUGUUGUAGGCCAGUAGUUGGGAAGGUAGGAUAUAGGAGGAAAAUUCAACUCGGUUUAUACGCAACGACCGACCAUUGUUAAUGAAAAACGAUUCGGAACGGAGUUAUUUUUAUACAUGUAUUUAAAUUUUCCCUUUUUUUCCGGUUAUUCUCUAUUAUUAUGAAAACCGCUCGGAAAAUCAAAAAAACAAUGUUUCUAAAGUACCAUCCAGUUAAAAUUUUCUUUCGGAAAAGGUACUUCACUUGAAAAUCUGAGCAAAAUAUCAAGUAGAAUAAUUGUCCACGAAAAAACAAAAAAUAAUAAUAAAUAUUAUCAUUGUAAACCCAAUACAAUGUUUUGGAUUUUAUUUUGAUUUCCCGUAGAGAAGUUGUUUAGGGACACACACACAAAAAAAGCAUAUCAUAUUUAAAAACCAGUAAAAACUAGACAGUUUAAAAUGUUUAUAAAAGCUCAAACGUAGUCAGAUUGCAAAUUGUUCCGUGUCUAGAAAUGACUUAAACGUAAGUUUUGAGGGAAAAUGUCUGGCAUUAUUUUCUCGAAAAAUGUCCAUAUCAAAUAUCUCAAUGUUCUCGAAUCGGACAAAAUUCUCUACAAACGAGCCGUUUUUAUUCACAGACGGACACAAAUGUACUCGCUUAUUAUGUAUCUAUGUAUGUAAGUUAUCUUCGUUAAAACUCAGUUGUUGGCUGCAUUAUGUUUUGAUUUCGACUCCGCAUUUCGGCAAAAGACGACUCGUUAUUAUACACGUCGCUCGCGGCGGCCUAUUAUUAUUUAUCAUGUCUCCCAAAAUGGUCGAAUAUCAUAUUGAAUCGUCGCUAAAUACCGCCGCUGCUAUUUUCCGAAAAGUGGAUUUCGGUGCUCCGUGCGUACGCACCUAUAUAUACACGCCGGAUGAUUUUUUAUUAUCAUUUUUUUUUUUUUGUCCGUUUUCCCCGCGUCCACGCGAACCUUUCGGCGCGAUUGAUCACCCCGCGGGACAAACGCUCGCUGUAAACCACUCUGCAACGUUGGCCGACGACGACAAACAGGUGAUGCGAUUUCCCAAACCGUAUACACGCUGCAGCAGCCGUAUAAUAUACAUAUAUUAUACUAUACCCUAUACAAUAUAUUAUAUUAUAUAUCGAGCGAUUUCCCCCGGCGGCGCCGUUUUCGUCGUCUGUUAAAAGCCCGUCGUCGAAUAAAUCCGAAGCGAUUCUCGCCGGAUAUAUACUGCCAGCAGUAGUAGGUACAUACGGUAUAUUCCGCAACACCGCGAUGUAUCGAACGGCACGCGUGAUGUGUAAAACGCUUAAAAUACGAAUAAAAUAGCGUACACGCACGAAUAAAAAAACUAUAUAUAACUAUAUAUAGUGUGUAUGUCGCCGAUGUCGCAGAAUCCGUAUGGCGGCGACGGCGGCGGCGAUGCUCUUGGGGGACCGAGAAAAGAAAAAAAAAAAAAGAGGGAAAAAAAAGGGGGUAUACUCUUCGAAAAAUAACGACUCGUAUAAAGCUAAACCGUGUUUGGCGCGCGACGGGUUUUCUUUUAUAUGCAUCAUCGUGUGCGUGUAUAUAUACGUAUAGUUGGACAUCCGACCGAGUUUUCGUCGAGAAAAGUGCUGCUGCGGGCCGCGACUCGUCUGCGGCUGAGCCGCCGGCGGUUUUGUUGAAAACAGACGGGAACGAAAUGGGGUAUUAGGACGUGAAAAAAAAAAAUUGGAAAAAAAAAGCCGAUGUCGAAGGCGACUCGGUCGAUUCGUCCCUCCGGUCUACCGGUGUGGUUCGCACGCAAAGUAUGAUAUCGUUAAAAAUCUCCAAAUCGGCGAUAGAAUAAUUAAUAUGGGCAACCGUCACGAAAACAAUGCGAUUCCGACAGGAGCUGGCGAUCCAAUAUAAGUUGCGCUGCUAAAUUUGAAGCUGUUCUUUUAUACGAUUUGUCGCGUUUGUAAAGCGGAUUUGAUCGCGUAAAUAAUUUUUCGAGACGGUCGAAUUACACUCGGGUGAAAAAAAAAGUUUUGAAAACAAUCAGUUUCCUUCCCGCUUACCGGUUUAGGACUGACGACGAUUAAAUUGUAAAUGGGAAAGGAAAACAGUGUUUUCAAAACUUUUAAAUUAUGUUUAUUUUUUCAAACAGUUUUGUCGAAACACCUUCCUACGCUUAAAAACGAAACAGUCGUAUCAGUACGACGAAUCUCGUAGAGAGCAGAUUUUCGACUAUUAACUAACUAAAAAAAAAAAAAUGUCCGUAUAAAUCGAAAAAAAAAAACGUCGACGAUUUAAAAUAUCUAAAUAGAUAACUCAAAAAGAGCCAACAUGUGUUGGAAAUCGUCCAACGUCUAGAAAAUGCUAAUAAUACGUAACACAGUAUAUUCGAGUGAAAACUGCACAUUAUUUAUCUCAGUGAAUACAUUUCGUUUUCCCGUUUUUACGAAAAAAUGCGCGCGUAUAGCACAAGAAUAUAAAUAAUAUCAUCUUCCGGCCGAAAACUUGAUAAAUCAUAAAUUCAGAGCUGUGAAUUUAACGCACUAAAAACAUUGUUAAACACGCAUGAAAUAAUUUAAAUUAUGUACUAGAAACCUACGUUAUAUGUAUUCAAAUACGGUAUUUAAAUUCUAAAAAUACGGAGAAAAAAUAAUUAAACACUUAUUUUUCUCAAAAAUUUGUAAAAUAAAAUUAAAAACAACAGUCAGAGUUCAAAAUUUAAAUCAUAAUUAUAUAUAAAUAUAAUAAUAUAUUCGUAACAAUCUUAUAAUUUUAACAUUAUACAACGUAUAUGUAAACAUUGGUCUUGAUUUUGCCGGCAGUGUGCAAUGCCCGAAAAAACAAUACUAGGCGAAAAACGAUUCGUUGUGGACGUACCCGAGCGCAAAAUUGCUUAAUUUUCAUCGAAACUAUACAAUAUUUAUAUUUUAAACAAAAGCAAAUGCCGAUUAAUAACACGAAGAACGCACGAGUGUAUAAGAUUCCGUAUUUGGUAUAUAAAAUAUACGACGAAACGAAUGUCGACCGAACCCAUUUUUCUGUACGGCGUAUGACCGUGUACAACAAUCGCAUACGAAAGUGACAAAUACAACUGCAGGUUAUCGCAGUAUAAAAGCGUGCGAUAAGAUCUAUGGAGAAACAAACAGCUGUCUCGCGGCUUCGACCGAAAAAAGCUUAUAGCUCAUAUAAAUAACUGAUAGCUAAUAAAAAAAAAAACAAAUUCUAAAAAACCAAGCAAACGCGUUAAUUCCAUAGUCCCGAUCAUCGUAAUUAUAUAGACAGUUUUAACCCAAUGUGCAAUUCCGGUUAGGAAGAGAAGAAAAUUCUCCUGGAUAAAUGGUGUAUUUUUUAUUAUUAUUAUUAUUAUUGUUAUCAUUUUCCGUGUGUUUUUUUUUUUUGUGGGAACACGGUUUUCCACCGGAUUUCCGGCCGCCGCAGACCGUCUCGUCGUUUCUGAUGGAAGAUAAGUCGGUAGCUGCACAGUGUUAAGUCGCUCGGUAAUUUUUUUUUUUUUGUUUUGUUUUGUUCCAUUUUAACGGGACCACGACGCGUAACGCCGCGCCCCCGUCGUUCUCGUAAUAUCGGAUUGUUUUUUUUUUUUAUUCUCGGCCGCGCCCGUGUAUUAAAGAAAAAUAAAAUAAAAAAGUACGCGAUUACUUAUAUUAUAUAUUAUUGUAUCGCUAUAAACCGUCACUAUAUAUCACCUAUGUACAUUAUAUAUAUUUUAUUGUCGAUGUGACAGUAUAUAGAAUAGUUUUCCCCGGGUCAACAAAAAAAAAAAAGGGGGACACUUUCUAAAUUUCUUUCAGACACGUCUCUUGCAUAAUAGAUAUCGCGGAUAAAACAAUACAAAACGGGGGUUGCACGCGGCCGUAGAGCUAUAAUAAUAUUACUUGGUCUUCCACUAAGCCAAAAGGCAAUAAGUCCAGACGUUUCUAUAAUAGUUUUGAGGAAAAUAACUUUUUCUGGACCGGCAGACUAACUAAUACCGUACUAGUGAGCAGGGCCGUAUAUUUAAAGUUGCUGUUGCUAGGGGGCUUGCGAUCCGAGUCGCAUAUCUAUGCUAUUACACCACGGUAUAAUACUUUAAAAUUAUUUUUGUAACUGUACCGUAAUACAUAAAAACGUCGGUGAUGUUAAAUUUGUGGCACGAUUGUAUUAGUAAUUAGAUAGAAUACUAAUUUUGGCUCAUUUGUCAUAUGAAUUAAUAACGGAAUAAUAAUACUUACAAAGUCCUUAACACAAAUCCGUCUUAAAUGACAUCUUCUACCUGUACACUUAUUAUUUAGUCAUGAUAAAAUUUACCUUACUGUUAGGAUCAAAUUUUAUUUUGUUAUUUAUAAUAUCUUUGCUCAUUCCCCCUCUUUAAAUCACCACUGUGUAUGAGUCAAUAAGAAAAGCGAAAUUACGGUGCGAUCAGCCAUUGCCUUUUUAGUAUCAUUCGUUUAUGUUUUAAAAACGUAUACACGUUCACUACGAAAUCGAUUACGUUUACGAUAUUUUUAAUAAAGAUAAAAGUAAAAACCUAGUCUUAGACUAACAAAUACUAUGAUAAUAAAAAAAAUUAUAUUUUUCACAUUUUGUUAAUGUAUACUUAGUGCCAUUUAGUUUGGAAGACUCGGAUGGCUUUUGUAUAAACCACGCGCACGUUUGCCGAGGCGACGAUUAUGAUGAACUACAAUACAAAUAUCGUCUUUUUACGGUAAAAAAAUAUGUUUUUCAAUUGAAUAAUACUCGAAACGUAAAAUUAACAAUAUAUUUUUUCGAACAAACACAACGUCCGCGUGUUCUAUAAUAAAAAUAAUUCAUGUUAAUACUCAAAACGAUACUGUAUAUUGUUUCAAAUACCGUAAAUUCUCGUUUCGAUCUUGUUGAAUGUUUUAUAUAGUAUCGAAAAAAAGGAACGUUCUUAUAUUUUUAUCACUGUUUAAUAUUGUUCGUGGCUCUGAUUUUGCGCACGACGAUCGCUAUAAACGAAACUCAAUAUUAAAAGCGUUUAAAGCUCGUAUAUUCGAAUCGGCCGUUUAUAUUAAUACGUUUUGAACAUUACAAUAGUAUACAGAAAAUUUGAACUUUUAAAAUGAACGCGGACGAACAUUCCGACAUGCGGUGUAUAAUAUAAAAUCGCAUUAGAAUUUAAAUCCACGGUAAAUCAAAGUGUUUUUAGUUUUUAUUAGAUAGUUAUCACGCGAAUGUGGGACGAAAACGGCCAUAAAAUAAAACCGGGACAAUCCUCCCCCUAAUGUGGGCCGUCCGGUCACACGUAAGUAUAUAAACUCGUCCGGUUAUAUAAAGACACACGACCACGACGGUCGUACGAGAACCGAAUAUAAUUACGAUUUUUUUUUUUUUUUUUUUAUUCCCCCCUAUGCUUUUUUCGCGUUUUUUUACUGACACUACGUGCACCGUAUAAAAUGUACACGGCGACGCGAAAUCCGUCAACAUAUAGGGAGGUGGUAUAUUUUUUUUGCGCGAAACGCCAGCCGAAACCGCAAUAUUUUCAUCGCGGUGCGUUCGCGUACACCGCCAAAAGGUGAUUUUUUUUUCUCAUUCUCCAACUAGACGGUGUAAUAUUUUUUAUUUUCAAAUCCCGUCGUUUGCCGUUGAAAAAUAAAAAAAUAAAACUAUUUCUUUCCGCGCGUGUAUACGUAAAUAUAUAUACACCUACAUAUUAUAGUAGUAUACACGGCAUGCAAUUUUAUACAUUUCAGAAAGCGGGCGUUUUUCUUUACCUCUUCAGAGCGUAUACACAGACAACAAACAGCUCGUACCGUGUUUCCUUCAUCGUAUAUACCUACAGAUUUUUUUUUUUUUUUUACCGUCGAAUCAAUUUAUUUAGAACGCCUAUAUAUACGAGAGAAAAACCGAGGAAAUAUAAUCCUAACAUGCUUCGCACCGCGCGGAUAGGCCUGCAUCGGCUACUGCAAUUGUAAAUGCAAGGAUGUUAAAUAGGUAUACUAGGUUAGUUUGAACAUGUCGUGUGUGUGUGUGUGUAUGUGUGUGCAAGUGUGCAAUGACAAAUGAUUACAAUUAAACGAUUUUGAGCAUUGUUAAUAGCUGUAUUCCAACUUGUAUUGCAGUCAAAGUAACCCGGAAAUCAACAAAAACAAAAUCGAUGUUAUAAUUAUUGAAGUUGUCGGUGGUUUUGAUUUUUUUUUUUGAAAAACUGUUGGGAAUCUUCUGGCUUUUUUACUGGCCUUAGUAAUAUUUGAUAUACGCCCAGAAUCUAGAAACAAAAUCGAAGUGGCGUAAAUAUUUCCCGGUUUUUCUCCAUUAUCCAUUGUGAACUACAUUGCGGGGGAACGACGUUUCCGACGAUCGUAGACAAAAUUUGCUACCGUCAUCGCCCCGGAUGUUUAUGAUCGGAAUUUGAUUUUUGGUCGUACAGUUGUUUGUACUGAUAGAACAACAAAAAAAAAAAAAAAAAGCACUGACCUUAGUAGAACCAUUGGCUACUUAUAUCUCAGAAUUUCGGAAAAUUAAUGUUUUACACGCGCGUCGACGACAAUUGAUGUCUAUACAAAUGCCGAUCGAUAUAUUUUUGCUCCCAUGCAGGGAAAAAUGGCUCAAGUCAAUUUCGUGCAGUUUUCAACAGAAGCGAAUGCCAGUUGAAGGGUAUAACGCAACAAACCAGAUAAGUCCACUUCAAAAAACUACACGAGAAGCGUAAUAUAUUCAUAUUACCUAUCCGGUUUUCACAACAAAUGAGACUAAAACAAAAAAAAUCUCGAAAACAAGAUAAAUUCGGACUUAUCAGAUUGUUGCGCCAAACGAAUAAAACAAGAUAAGUCCGUUAUCGUUGUAACCCUUGACUCAUGUGUGUUUGUCGCACCGAUACGCAAAACAGUUUACAUUUUUUACAAAAAAAAAAAAUCGGAUUCGUCCGGUCGUCGCGCCGAUCCCCUUCGAUUUGAAAAUACCAGUUAAAAUACAUAUUAUAUCAUAACGGCGUAACUGUUGCCGAACGCGGUCUAACCGAAUACCUCGUAAUUGCGGAGUCACUAUAUGACGUCGUGCGGUCGAACAAAACGCGUGCGCAUCGUAUUAUUAUUAUUAUUGUAUUGUAGCGACAAUUUUUAUAUCAUAUACGCGAGAAGGGUCUGCGCACCGUGCCGAUUAGACCGGACGAAAAAAAAAAUGGGGAAAAAGUUGCACGUAGUAUGCACAAGAAGAAAUUAUAAAAAAGAUAAAAAAAAAAAAAAAAAACGCCGAAAAUUCGACCCGAGCGCCCUUUUUUCCCCGGCGCGGCGCCGAAGUUAUACCGGGUGUUGCACGGCUCGUCGUCCCCUCGGCUGUAUAUAUAUAUACGUAAUAUAAUAAUAUAAUACUCUCGUAUAUUACGAGUGUAUUAUACGCGAGAGCGGAGCGCCGAAAACCGGGAAGCCGUGAAAUUCCUCGGAGGGUGCGGGCCGUUAUAAUAUUAUAUAUACGUAUAUUGUAUUAUUAUACGAGUAUAUUUAAUAUUAAAAGCGCAUAUCCCACAGGGUGGCUUCUUAACGCCCCGCCGCCGCCGCCGCCGCCUUUGCCGAUCCCCGGGGAGCCGUAUCUAACACUUAAAACCCCGCGUCCGUCCGCCGUUCGCGCGCCCGGCGAAAAGGACGGCGGCGGCGGCGGAACAACGGCGGCGACGCGGUCCGACCCGCGCGCCGGCUAACAGCUGCUGCCGCCGCGAGACCGAAAUAUUUGCACACUUGCGCGUCGCGCGCGACCCUCCGCCGCCGUGCGACGCAAGCUCGGCGUAUUUUAUAAACGCGCGAUAAACCGGUUAUUAAAAUCGUAUUAUUACGUUUUAUAAACACCGCGAGCGCGCGCGCGUGCGUUCGAUGUUAUUACACGCGUGUCGCGGGCUUCCCUCCGAUUAAAUUCCCGUCGCCGUCGCGUAAUAUUUUAAUAAACUUAUCGAGAAGCGAUACGGACGCGGGAAGAGUGACGGGGGAGUGAGAGACGUAGAGAAAAAGCGAGAAAAAUAUUUAUUAUAUUAUUAUUGACUGCGUGACGGAAUUUCGGUCGAAUAUUUCGCUUUAAGCGCCCGAAAAUCUCUCGGUCGCCGUCACUCGCCCGUCAAUAAUAUUUAUAAUCGCGGCGACCGAUUACGUGUAGGUCUUGUUCGAGACUCGCGUUUUUCUUCGAUUUUAAAUCACGUCCGGGCGUGCGCGGGCCUAUUUUUCCGGGUAUGCGGAAGGGGCUGCCGUCAGCAGCGCCCCCUGAAAGUGAUUUUAAGCACGUGAAAUUCCGGUAAAUGUAUACGCGAAUAUCGGAACAGAGUCUGAACCGAGUUGUGAACAACCGACCUUCGGAUUGUAAAAAAAUACGACGAAAAUUAGACGUAGAGUUUCUCUACGUUGCCAAGGUUACGUAUCCCAAAAAUCGAUAAAAAUUAUUUCAAAACAGAUUUGCUAGUUUUCGCUUAUUUAUGAAAACUACAAGAUAAAUCAGAAAAAAGAAAUGACCUCAUCCAAUGCACUGACCCGAUCAAACAUGCUACAAAAAAGUUUUAUAAUAUUAUAUUAAGUUCCAGAAAAAAACACGUCAUAGUAAAAUCAAUAAAUCCAUCGCUUCGCUCGGAAUCUAAAAAGAAAAAAAAAGAAAAGAAAAAAAGUUAAUACUGCUAGCGGAUAGGUCGUCGUGAGCAGUCGGGAAGUUACUAUAGGAUCACAUAUACGGUGUAAUUUAUAGUUUAUAUACUGCGUGCGACGAUAAAUCGUUGCAAACGGAAAACCGAUUCUGAGUGCAGCCGUGUUAUUCGUGGUUUUUCCCUCUUGUUGUCAAGGUAACGCAGAGAUCGAUAUAAUAAUAAAAAUAAAAAUGACCUAUAGGGGCGAACUGCCGAAAAUCUCGAUAAACUCAUCGCAUAUUAUGUACCACCGCGGGCGGAAAUUCUUCGCAUUAUAUCGUCGGACAAUAGUAACGCCGAAGUGGCGUUACUAUUGUCCUACACGUCGAGUGGCUUCGUUUUGUUAAAAAAAAAAUCGUUUCGCGUACGAUGCUUUUGAACGAGAACGAGACGGAACCUACUCGGAGUUUUUCUAUUUUUAAAGUAAUUUUUUUUCGGGCGUUUACGCGUUACCUUGAAUCUUUACGAUAAACGGAUAUUUUUAAUUUUCCGCCGGAAAUAUCCGCGGAUUGUUUGUCUCGCCGGAAUCAUCAACACGGUGUAUCGAUUACGAUAUCGAAACGAAUUUCGAUGGCGAUAAAAAGAAGAACAGUACCGUAGGUAUUAUACUGUGUGUGUACUUAUAAAAGUUCGUCCGUAGUAUAAUACCGUGGAAUCCGACGAGAGUCGAAUUCGCAAUUUGACCGGUUUUUUUCGGUUUUUUUAUACGCGACGACGACGACAAUAACGACGAUAUUAUUAUAAUAAUAUGCGGUCACGAUACGUGUAAUUAUCGUGUCGGCGACUACCCAUUGUAAGUCCGGUAUACGACGUCGAUAAAACGGACACAAUAAUUUAUUUUAUAAUAAACGCACUAGUAUUUCGCGUAUACGUAUACUAUGUAAUAAUAUACAAAGGCGAUUUCCGUACGGCCGACGAGCGUUCGCGAUUAUUAACGUGUAAUUUUUUACGUGUUUGAGCGUGUGUUCGCGCGCGCGUGUAUGUCAAUAUAGGAAUUGCCCGUGUUUGCAGAUAUCGCGGUCGUAUACCCGUGUAAUAGAUACGUAAUAAACCUGCGCAUACGUUAUAUAGUAAGUAAUAAUUAAAAAAAAAAAAUCGCCGCAAUUUAUAUAAUCGACACGACGAGGGCCGUGUGAAAAUGUCGUUUGUUAUUAUAGUUUUUUUUUUUUUUUAGAUACGCCGUUUGCCUUACAAACGAUAAUAAUAAACGAAAAUCAAAUUGUAUACAGAGUAAUUAAUUUGUUUUUUCCCUCCGGUAAUCGAAUUCGAUCGAAACGAUUUGAUGAUUGGAUUCUCGUUCGAUGCGUAGAAAAAAAAAAAAUCUCCGCGACGAUAUUAUUACGUUCGUGUAGAUUAAAAUAAUUAAAAAAAAAAAAAAGAAUCAAUUAGAUCGAUUAUCUCCUCGUACGCGUACCUUCGUUUUUAUAUAUCAAUUAAAAAAAAAAAAAAAAAUCCCAAAGAAAACGAGAACCGACCGUAAAACAAAUAAAUCGUAUUAUUUAUUAUUUCGACGGCGAUGAUACGAAGGCGGCCCGAAAAAAACCUGUUCCGAAUUCGUAAAUAAAAGGUUUUUUUUUCGUUUUUUUUUUUUUUUUGCGGAUGUACGUAUAUUAUGUAUACAUAUAUAUAUCAUUGUGUUAGAAAAAAAAAAUAAGAGUUAAUAGUUUUGAACUCUGCGGCGAACAACCUGUUUUAUCAAUUAUUAUUCUAUCGGGAAUUAUGUGUCUAUUAUAUACGGACUCUCGUCGACCGGACACUCCUUAUAUAUUAUUAUAUCUUCAGCACGAGGACUGUUGAGCCGUUUUUCGGCAAUUUUUUUUUUUUAUCGUAAUUUUUUUUUUCCCCGUAUAAUUCGGCCAUCUGAAACGCACUUGUCUGCGUGUGUAUUUCCGGAAUUUUCAAUUUUCUCGUAUCGUAAACUAAAUGGAUACAAACGAACUCGACUCGAGUAAUUAACGUUAAAAAUUCAGACAAACGGUUAAAACCAAAACCGAACCGGGCACAUUUUUCGCGCCACUACGGGCGCAGCCGUCGCCGUUGUAUAGACGGAUAGCUUAGCUGUGCGAACAUCGCUGCAGGAUAAUAAUGUACGCGUAUCGAAAAUAUUUACAAUAAAUUGAUAAUGUAUAAGUUUCCGUACACUGCGAAAACGACGAUAAACCGUAUCGCGGUCGAAAAACGAUUCUGAGAGGUCGGUAAACUAUACGGCACACGGGUUAUAUUAUGGUAUAUAGGUGUUUCCCUCACACCCUCCGCCGAUGUCGUUCUCGAGGUAACACGCCGUAUAUUCGACACCGAUUAAACCGCGCGACAUACCGCAUCGUUUGUUUUUUAAACUUUAAACUUACUUUUUUUAUAGCGAAUCCGACAACCACCGCGUUCGACAUAAUAACAAUCGUUCCACAAUAAAGUUCGACGAGUAACGAUCCGCGGAAAUUCCCCGUACUUAGAAUUCCUUUUAAAAAUACUAAACGGACCGGCGUUUCGGUUAAGACAAAAAAAAAAAAAAAAAGGAAAAUUGCGUUUUCCACCCGGAGACCAAAAAAAAAACGCGUCUUCUUUCUUCAUUUCAUACGAGCGGCUCCCCAAUGUUAACAUUCGUCAAUUAAAUAACUCGUGUCGGUUCGAAAGGGACAACGGCGGCGAGCGGGGGGGCACGGUUCUCGGUGGGAUUUUCGAAAAAGGCUAAGUCCCGACGCUAUAAACCCUUUGCUAUUCGCGCGUCCCGUGACGAUUUCGGAUUUCGCAUUACGGGCGUCGAAUUUUUUUUUUCUUACGCCUGCGUAUUGCGCGACUACGUUUGCGUCGGUGGCCGGGGUAGCCGCCCGAAACUCCUCCGCCAACGCAUAAUAAUAUUAUAAUCUCUCGUGCGCUGUCGCAGACGACAAUAAUAAUGUAUAAUGUAUCGUAUACCUAAUAAAAUAAUAACAAUAAUAUACGUAAUAUAAAAGGACACCGUGCGACGCGACCUCAUGACGUUGACGGGUCGGACCUCCUGGGCAAAUCGUGUUCGUAUAUACACGCGAACCCGGUAGGGGGGAGUGAGGGGGGAUUACCUCUCGACCAGUUUUAUAUGUAGACACACACACACACACAGUCAGAGUAUAUACAUAUAUAUUUAUUUAUUUAUUAUAAGCCGCCUUAUAAAUACUUACGCGCGCGCACACGCACACGCACACACACACGUAUAUUAAGUAUUAUUAUUAUAUAUAGGUAUAGUCGUCGAUUUAUAGACUCGACCGACCUGAUUGUCGUCUCCGCGCGUUCGAAAUAAGCACGGAUCGUCGUCGCAGUCGUUGUCGUAUUAUAUUGUUCCGGAUGAAAAAAAAAAAAAAGAAAAAAGAAAGACGUUUGUUUUAACUUAUUUUUUUUAUUUAUCUCGUGUGUUUUUUUUUCCCUACAGAGCAAUCCGUAUGGACUGAAAGAUUCGACGGGCUCGUCGGAGAUGUGGCCCAGCGCCAGUCUGCAACCGUCCACCGGCUACUAUCAUUACGACUCCACGUUCGCCGCUUAUGGGUGAGUGGUGGUUUUUUUUCUCUCCUGUUUAAGAGUAUGUAUAUCCCCCCCCCGGCCGCAACCCUCUUAUUGAAUGUCCGUACACUAUGAAUAUUAUUAUUGUUAUAUUCGUGCGCAGGGGGGUACGACGCAGAGCCCCCAAAACUCUCGACCCUGUUGACUUAGAAAACAGUUACGAAUAUUUUUAUAUUUUUCUUUUAGCGAUUCAAUCGUGAAACGUAUAAUAAUAUAUUAUCGUAAUUUCAACCGAGUUAUGAGGAAAAACGCUCGAUUGAUUGAAUAAUAUAAUAAAAAUCUACCUUAUUUUCGGGAUUAAGAUUUUUCAGAUUCCCGUCCUCGGGUUUAUAGUAGUGGGCGCAAUAAUGAAAAAAACGUCAACGAUUUGAUUAGCGGCCGUUAUUAUCGUUUACUACUUAUACAUUCGACUCUUCCGUCGAAAAUUCCCGAGCUCAUACCGCACACGCCGAAUGGGUUCCCGUUUAAUGCCUACACUCAUACAACAAACAAAAUAUCUGGACGUGUUUGGAUGUUAUGGUUGUUUCUAUAUUGUAGACAGUAGAAGUGAUUCUAAGUGGACAGUCCUAAUACGCCUGUAAGAACGAGAAGGGAAACGUGCGUAUUUGACUAACUUACUGCGAACUGGAUACGUCACAAAUUUAAACGGGAACCGAUUCGGAUACACCGCCCGUAAGUGUAUAGGCGAGCGGUUGUAUAGAAGUAUACAGGUACUUUAUAAACGGCUGCAGGCACGUAUACGAAGUAUAGAGGGGUUGGACGUUGUGUGUGUGUGUGUGUGUGUGUGCGUGUGUGUAUACAGUAAAGGUGUACGUAUAAUAGUAUAAAAGUCAGCGAGCGAGUAAGUGGGUAGUAAGUAGUAGUAUAAGUAUAGUAAGUAUAGUAAGUACUUAGUAGUAUACAUAGUGAAUAUAUAUAUAUAGAGUAGCAGCGGGUAUAGCAGGCAGUAGUUUAAUAAUAAUAAUAUCAGCAGGAGUACACCGUGUAUGCCCACAAGACAAAAUGGCCGGCGAUUAUAUCGAUUACUCGGCGCCACCGCCGUCACGCACCGGUUAUGCCGAGGCCAUAUAUAGAGGAGAAAACGCACGAUCGCCGCCGCCUCCGUGUGGCCGGCGCCGCCGUCGUCGCCACAGCGGAAUUCCCGGCUCUGAACCCAAAAGACGUUGAUUUUUACGGGGGGGGUUUUUUUUUUUUUUCUCGUUUUUCCACUCGCAUUCAUAUGUUGUUACGCCGUCGCUCCGUACCGCGGCAAUAAUAGGCGUGUUUUAGCGAUCGACCCGGUUAUAUUCGUUAUCGGUAGUUACGGUUACGUAUGUAUGGUUUUAGUUAACGGUGGUCAUAGACGUAAGCGUACGCACAGGUUUUUGCGGGGUGUGCCAUGGGCUUCGGGUUGAAAACGAAAUUGACUCGUUCUGGGUUAUAUUUGAUAAUUAAACGCUAACCAAUUUGGUAUGAAAAAUUGUCAUACAGUAUAACCAAUAAAUCAAAUCAAUCGGCAACCACUCACUGCGUGAUAUUACUCAUCAGUGAUAAGUCACCGCUGCCUUGGGUUCAGGACUUAUUAUAAUUGCGAUGACAUUGAGUUUUUUUUUAAAUUUUGAACAAAGUUAUAAUUUAUUAUUAAAGAUUAUAUGUUUAGAUACAUAAUAACUUUUUCGUGAAAUAUUGUUAGAUAUAUAGGCGAUAUAGUAUAAGUAUGUAGAUGAACGAUUUGAUUUUUAAUAAAUCGAUAUUUUGUAUUCACUAUCUUUUUUUGUAAAGAAAUGAGGAUUCAAGGACAAGAAAUAACAGCCCGUUUUCUUUAUGGAACACUCUGCUAAAAAAUCCUGCGCACUCCCAUGAUUAUAGAUUCACGAAAACGACACGUUAUCAUGGUCAUUACAAAUAAUACUAAUCGAUAAUAAAAUAAAGUACCGGCUAUAGAUAUCUAUUCAAUAACUAAACGUCAUAACCGUUUCAUUUGGUUAUAUGAUAUUUCAGUAACCUGUAACCAAAGUCGAGUAUAACGAGUAUAAUAACCAAAAUUGCCAAAACGACUUGUCUAUAAAAUACAGUAACCGGGUUACAAUUGAUUAUCCGCCAAAACACGUCAUCUCGUAGUCCGAUAAAACGCGAUCACACGAUAAAGCGACGGGCGUUUCCGAAAACAUUUUGUUCCUCCAAGAUUCCAGAUUCCGGGAGCGGCGAGAAACGGCGUAUGGAUUUCGCACCGUGACGUGCGCUUUUUUUGAAUUUUUCGUCUCCGUAAAUAACAUAUCUAACGGAAAUCAAACUCCUGACGAAAAACGACCGCGGUUGAGCAUGUUAAUUUUUGUAGAAUUUCGAAUCUGGUGGGUGCAUUAAGUAAGCGGGUUUUUCGAUUUUCCGAAUAGUUUUCAUACAGUUGUCGGAGAAAACCGGGGGGAGGGGGAGGUAGUGUAGACAAAACGGAAAAGUUUACGACAACGACGGUUUCAUUAUUUUCGAUUUGGGUUUUUUUUUUUUAAUUUAGUUAAAAAUAAUAAACCGGACAUUUUCAAGGAGUCCUAAUAGCGAGCAUUCUGACGAUUUUGUUUAAAGUUAUUUACUGCGGCCUUUGAAAUUGUCGAGGUUUUUUUUGGAUCUAUUUGAUACUUAUACGGAUAAAAUUGUUUUGGCCAAGUCAAAAUAUCCGAAAAUUUAACGCGAAGGUCACAUAAUACCCAAGUAGUAUCGUGUGUUUUCUGAAAUGUUUUCCGAUCGUCCUACGAGCGUCGUUGAGCGAUUUAUCAUUGUUUUCUGAUGGCGGCGGUGGUUUUCCUUUUAUUCGCGUAUUUUAUUAUAAUAACAUAAUAAAACCCCCCGGGUAUAAUCAACAUAACAAUAUAAUCUAUAGCUGAUAUUAUAUACAGUGUAUACAGUUAGGUUAGGUGUGGGUAUUAUUGUUUGUGUUUUCAAAUUUAGCCCCCAAACCUCUCUCCCUCUCCCACGUGACGGUGGGUCGCUCGUUAUAUUGUUAUUUCCGUAAUCCUCUCCUCACUAACCCCCCCACCCCCCGGAGCUUUUGUCGCGUGUACACACAAUGUGCACGCAAAGCCGCCUACAUUUAAAUAUUAUUUUGGGCCGUUGCAUAGUCCGAACGUGAUGAAAAGGAUUAUUUUAACGCUGGCACUAUUAUUAUACUGCAGUAGAGCUUUUGGCUUUCGGCGUUUAACCGGUCAACCUGUGUAACGAUCGGAAACCAAAGACUGCAGAUAAACGACAAUAUAAUUAUAAUAUAUUGUUCCGAAAUCGUGGCGGAAAAUCAAUCGCGUAUUACGUAAAAAUCAGACGCUAUCAUAUUAUCAUAAUAUUAUAUCCAUAAAUAAUCCUACGUGCGUGAUCAACCUAAUCGGAUUUGUUUACCUACGAUAUUUUUGCCGUUGUGGAUGGGACAAACGAUGCGACCAUCGUCAAAUAAAAUAUUUUAAUUUUCGAAAUUUGCAUUUACUGUUUGUCUGUAAAAAACAAAUUCCACGCGUCGGUUCAUUAUUUAAUACGUUGCCGUUUACCGUCACCUUCUCAAACGGCGUUCGUGUGUCUCCGGUAAUCAGGAAAUGGUUAAACGUUAAUUAAAAUUUUACGAAUCACCUCCCCCCCCCACACACACACACACACAUUCCUCCGCCGUUUACCCGUGCCGGAUUAAAAUAUUGCACGAAAUUGUUACGAAAACCGCGGAGAAAAUCGAACGACGACCUCCUCAAUACUUUAACUCGAAUCGAGAUUGUAUGUGUUUCCGGUAAAACUGCCACGCUCGAAAAUCGCAACGGGGUUACUGGGAAACGAGUUGAUAACUAAUCGAACCAAACAGAAUCGUUGCUCGUUUCGACGAGAGAAAAACAAUGCGUGCGUAGUUCGGCGACAAUAUCAUUAUUAUUGUUGUAUAUGUGUGUGUGUGUGUACAAAAACUUACAAAACCGCAAUCGAAUCGGGUGCGGAACGCACGCGCAACACGUCGCGGCUAAAACCCAUUCUCUCGGAGUCUUCGAAGGUGGAAGGAGGGGGUGGGGAGGACGCGGCAGCGCCUACUCUCCGACCAGUAGCCGUCGCUCUCGGUCAGUGAUUAUGGAUUACGCGGUGGCGCGAGCGAGCCGCCGGGCCGCCGCGAUAAUAUUGUCGUCCCGCGCGUGCUUUAUUACCACACCGUUGUCGUUAUUUAUGCGCGGAUGACGUGUUGUGACAACCCCGCGGGGUACCGGAGGCGGCCGGACCGGGGGCAGCGGUCUAGCGGACGAAAAAAAUACCCGGUGGAAAAAAUAUAAAUUAUUAAAAAAAAAUAACGGAUACCGCGCGGGAGACAGAAACAAUAUAAAACGUAAAGCGCAUAAUAAUAAUAAUAAUAAUAAUAAUAUUGUAAUAACGUUUGCGGACGAAUAUUAUGGGCCCGUCGCCGUCGCCGUCGUCGGCGAGCAUAAAUUACUUACGUCCCGGCGCGGGGUCAAGCGCGCGCGUACGGGACGCAUAAAUCUAACCGGUAUUGACCAUAAAUCUCGCGCGACGACCGCCGGACGGCCGUGCGCCGGCCGACCGUUUUCGAUCAUAGAUUACGGGGUUUUGAUAAGGAAUAUAAAAAUGCGAACGAAAAAAAUGAAAAAAAAAAUGACGAUUAUUAUUAUUGUUAUUAUUAUUAUUACCCCGCGUAUUAUUAGUAUUCCGCGUGCGUUAUCAUUAUUAUCAUUAUCCUGUUAUAAAACAGCGUUGCCGUCCCCGUUUUUCGCAGGUACGGCGCGGCGGGAUACGAUCUGGCGGCCCGGCGGAAGAACGCGACGCGCGAGUCGACGGCCACGCUCAAGUCGUGGCUGAACGAGCACAAGAAGAACCCGUACCCGACCAAGGGCGAGAAGAUCAUGUUGGCCAUCAUCACGAAAAUGACGCUCACCCAGGUGAGCACGUGGUUCGCGAACGCCCGGAGGCGGUUGAAGAAGGAGAACAAAAUGACGUGGGAGCCGAAGAACAAGACGGACGACGACGACGACGACGCGGGUUCGUCGGACUGCGAGGACAAGGACAAGGACGACAUGCUGAUGGGCGACGGAAAACUCAAGGACAUCAGAAAAGGUAUGCGAAAUAAUACGUGUCGCGCCAGUGUGCGUUGCUAGUGUGUGCGCACGUAGGGUCGCGGGCGGCGAUACGUUUUCACGCGCGUACGGGCCGUGUUAAAUCGUUCGGAAAAACGCCGUAAUGCAUUAGCGUAAUUGGCGGGCGCGCGCGCGCGCGCGCCCGUAUUGUAUUUUUAUUCGCCCUCCGCUCACCGUCGGCGUUAUUGUCGUUAUUAUUGUAUUAUCCGCGCGGCGGGCGGCUGCCGCUGCGGCGCCCCGGACACUUGUGGGACGCGCGCGAGGCGACGCCCUCGCGCGGUCCUCUCGUCGAAAAAGAGCUUUUCUCCGCGCGCCCCUUUAUCGCAUUAUCGCGCACGCACCCGCGCGGCCGUAAACGCGGCGUCUCCGGGCUAUUAACGAAAAGUUUUUUUUUUCUCUCCCGCCCCGGUCCGGCGCGUAUACAAUAACGACAAUUCGAUAAUGCGCGAAAAUAAAUACGCCGUAUCCGUUGUGCGAGGGGCGACUCGGCGGCGUUUAUGAGUGUCGCGCGCGACGCGCGGGCCGUUUAAAAACCGUCGCGGGACGUCUCGCGUGCGCGCCGCCGCCCGGAUGAAUCACCGCCGUCGCUGUCGUCCGGCUGGCGAGUGGUGGGGAUGGGGGAGGGGAAGCGCAUUGGCGUUCCCCGGCACGCGAAACGGACCGUCGCGCGGAAUCCUCAUCUCGAACGGUCGUCGUACGGACGCUACGCAAUAGUGUCCGGCACGUAAUUUAUCGGGAUUUUUUUUUUUUUUUUUUCCCGAACGGUUCGGACGACCGGUUGUAGCGUUGUGUCCGGAUAAUUCGACUUCCGCGAAAUCCGAAUGUUCCCGGCGGCCCAUCGUAUCCGAAUAUUACAUCGCGUUCGAUACGAACCAUCCGAAUUGAUUUUUUUUCCGGAUGUUCAAACAUCCGAUUAUCCGUCCGGCUAGUUCCGACACUAAUGGAUACGCAUACGUGUCGACGGUGUUUUCUUAAAAGGGCUUAUACCGCUAAAAAAAAUCGAAAAAUACGUUUUCGGUAUCAAAAUCAUAAAAAUCAGACGCACAGAGUGCGGGUAAAAGGGCGCAUUUAAAUACAGAUAAUCAAGUUGGUUUAAUGUCGACUGAAAGAUAUCCGGGUGCCUUUUUAAAAUAAAAUUGAGUCAACGCCGAUUUGUUGAAACGCGACUGGCGUAUACCACAUGCAACGCAUGUGUACGCGAUUGAUUACGAAGGAGUAAUUUUAUUAUUUUCCAUGAUAAACAUCAUUAAAAACUGUAAUGUUGUCGUCAUUAUUUUUGCCUCCUGAAAAAGAAAUUUGAAAUCUGAUCGCCGUUCUUUUUGUUGCAAAACGACGGUGUUUCCCAUCGACCGAAUUUCGAGUUUACGCCCGGGGGGCACUGCGACAGACAGUUUCGCGGGAACAUUGCGACGAGCGAACAAAUAACCGAUCCGGAUCACGUUCCGUUCGCGUCUCCGCGGACCGUAUAUUAAAACGUUCGCGCCCCCCCCCACCACCGAAACGGGCCGCGGACUUGAAAAUACGGAAUCCUCCUUGUCGGCCAUCACAAUUAUCGACGCGCGCGUCCCGACGGAUUGACAUAAUAUCGUGUCGGGCUUACACUUUUUCUCGGCGCCCACUCGGAAAAUGUCGACGAUUUUUUAGAAUGAAAUUGUCUAGGAUUUUCUAGGCAAUUCCUCUUUUACCGGAUUCCCCAGGCGUAGUAUGCGACGUACAUUUUUCCCAUACCAGCGCCGACGCCCGUCAUCCCGUCAAUCUGAAACGCCGCGCGGCCUAUCCGACUCGUGCAAUACAAACGUACCGUUCUAUCGGACAAACCUCAUCGCCCGUUAUUGUAAUUGCUCCGAAACGCAGUCGGAUUUCAAUAGCGGCCGUUCCGCGUCAUAAAUCGCGCAAUAACCGCCGCUAAUUAUUAUAUUGUUCUCCCGUCGUGUAUCGGUACGAGGCGUGUAAAUAAUUUGCACGGGGUCGGUCGGUGGCGGAGGAGUAGGAGGAGGAGGAGAAGGACGGGAUUCCGUUCGCGUCCGCAGAGGCUCGUUUCGAACGCGGGGAACGUUAAUGCGCGCCCGGGACCGCCGCCCGUUCGUACGGUUAUCUCGUCGCCGUCGUCGUCGUCGUCGUCGUAUAAUAAUAUAUUAUUAUUUAUUCACGGCCGCAUUGUGCGUGCAUAUUAUUGUAUAGCGUUUUGUAACACAUCGCCGUAUCGAAACAGUAGGGCUUUCGCCUCCACUUUAUUAUUAUUAUUAUUAUAUAGUGUAUAAUAUAAUGCCUAUCUCGGCCAUCUCCCGGUCACGAUCGGCGGCCCGCGCGAUCCGUUUCACACCCAGAACCGCGUAUACAGAAAAAAAAAAAAAAUAAUAAUAAUAAUAAAUACAUUAUAUUAUUUAUUGUAAUAUAUUACAUUAUGUUAUAUUAUAUGAUAAUUUAUUCUCGCGCGUACGGAGCGUACGCGAUAAAGAUGUCAUGACGCGCGCGCCGUGCGUGUGUAUAUUACGUGUAGGUAUUGUAGGUACGCCGCCUUCGUGUGAAUCGGCUGUGCGCAAACUCGCGGGCGCUUUUGCGUGUAAAUAAAUAAUAUUCCCGCGCCGCUCAAUAAUAUUCGUGAGCACACCGAAAUUUGCAUAUCGUACCGCGCGCAAUUACGCGCGACGACGACGACGGCCGCAGCCACUACUAUUGUACGGGCGUUACGCGGUCGCGUCUAGUGCGCGGCGGCGCGGCGACGUCGUGAAAAUUCCGCGCGCGCGGUUGUGCGUCUCCGCGUCGUACGUGUACGGAAACGGGCGGGCGACGAGGUGCCGUCGUGCGGGCACGCGAACCGCGGGGCGCGACUGGACGCGCGCGACGAGCGGCCGCGGAGAUUUCCCACGCGAUUUCGCAUUCAUAAUCCCGUCCCGCGCCCGGCGGCGCCCGCGUCAGUUUUUCAGAUUCCUCGGCGGAGCUACGGAUUGGUUUUACGACGACGGUGUUUUUAUUAUUAUUAUUAUUUUUAAACGGGCCACUUUUUUUGACCGGAAAUUUCGCUCCGGUUUUCGGGCGCGCCGUCUUUUAUUGAAAGGAGAUUUUCGCGGGGCGACGUUUUUUUUUUUUUAUUUUUUCGGGAGUUUUCACGAUAAACGGGGGAAAAAACGCAGGAAAUACGGGAAUAUUUAUACGAAACGUAUUAUGGUCGACCUUUCAAAACACGCGUAACCACCAGCAAACUCCGAUCCGAAUCGUUUUUCGUCGGUAAUGAUCGACCUCGAGUUUCGUCUGUCCCUGCCUUGUUCUUCUACUUCUGACCGGCACGACUAUACCCCGAGUGCCCGACCGCGGUCCAUGAUUCAGGUUUUUUAGGUCUUCUACUACUAUACGUCAAUCCGUAUUUUCCCGGGUCUUUUUCCUCGCGGUUUCCGUUCCGACGUGUCUUUCUAACCGUAUCGUUUUUCCCGUGCUUCUUCCUGGGCCACGUUUCGAGCGAGUACAUUAUCGCACCGGUCUCGCCGAAUACUCUGUACAGUCUUGCUUUCGAUUUUUUAGAUAGCGCCUUUGAUCAUAGAAACAUAAUCAUAUUAUGCAGCACGGCAUGUCUAUUAUACUUGUACACUUAACGUCGACUUUUGUAUCGCCGCAGAAAGCCAUCACGUGGACCACAUGAUGGGCCAGGGCGUCAUGUCGGACGGUGACGACGAUCGCAAACCGAUGCUCCAACAUCACCACAUCUACCACCCCGACCAGAUGCACCAUCACAUGCAAAAGGUGCACCAUCACGCCAUGCAGCACCAGGACCAAGAUCACCAUCAGGACUGCGGCAUCCCGUUGCCGCCCACCAAGCCCAAGAUAUGGUCACUGGCCGAUACCGCGGCGUCCAAGACGCCGCCGCCCGGACACCAGUGGCCAAACGUGAGCCCCAGUCUGGCGUCGCCCGGCUUCACCAUGCCCAACUCGUCGCUGUCGCCGUCCGGUUCGUCGUAUUCCAGGUAAACGCAAUCGUCGCCGCCGGGCGCGCUACAGUAUAAUUAUUACACAAACAUGUAUUAUUAUUAUUGUUCUCUAACACGAUUUUUUAUUUCGACAAAAAAGAACAUUAAUAAAAUAAUAAAACCGUUGUUUAUUUUUUUUUUUUUUUUUGUGAUUUUUACGCGCAUAAAACAGAUACGGCGGCGCCAACGGGUUUUAUGGCAGCGGUUACAAUGGUGGCAACAGUAAUUCGUCGUCGUCGUCGGCCCAGCAAAUGGCCGGAUAUCCUGACGUGCAGACCGACACGCCACCGCAGACCCCGCCCAACAUGAAGUUACCGCUGUCCGCCUCUUCCGGUCAACAACAACAGCAACAACAACAACAGCAGCAGCAGCAGCAGCAACAGCAACAGCCACAACAGUUCGGAGGCGUCGGCCAUCAGGGCAGUUACAACGGGUACCAUCACCAGCAGCAGCACAACAACUAUCACCACCGGCAACACGUCCCGCCGCCCCAACAGCAGCAAGAAGUACAACAGCAAUACCAUCAACAGCACAUCGCCGUGCUCAGCCAACACAACAACAACAACAACAACAACACCAACACUAACAACAACAACCAUCAGAUGGCGGUUGUGGCCAACGACGCGAGUACCGCGUUCAAACCGUUUUAUAAAACGUGAGUAUACCUGCAGCAGCACUGUCCUGCUGCAAUAACCGAAUCGGUUCGGUAUUCCGUACCUAUUUUACGUUUUUUUUUUUUACCCCUUUUCCGUCCGCAGUCCUUCGCAACAACCGCAUCAGCAGCAGCAUCAGCAACAACAGCAAGUGCAACAGCAACAGCAGAGACAAAUGAACGGCUACGUGUCGCCCGUAUAACCGUCGCCGCCGUCGCCUAUUUCAAAUUCGGUAGGUGUCACGCAAUCUCGCAAAGUAUUUGAGAAACCGUACAGGUAUUUUCCGUUGUAAAAAAAAAAAUAAAAAUUAAUUUGGCGAUACGUUUGAAAAAGAAUCUGUAUCCAAACACACAAUAAAAACAAAGGCACAUUUGUGAAGUUUCUGUACAUACUGAACCGAGCGAGGAACGUGUUAGUUUUAUUACGAAGCAUUUUUUUUUUGUUUCGUGUGUCCGUAAACAACUUUUCUACCGGAAAUUCGAUCAAAUCAUUAACUUUAUCGGAAUUAUCUUGUGCCGUUUUCGAUCUUACUGAGGUAAUGUUUCGGUUUUCUUUUAACGAAUGGGAAAAACUGGCGAUUUUUUUCGUUUUCUCGUUUACUAUACAAUGUUUAUAACCCGGGGGAGAAAUACGAUUACUCCGUUCAGAAUCUUAUUUUCGGGUUGCAAUAAUUUAUCGUAGCGUAUAAGAGACGUACAAAUUGAAUGAAUGAAUCUCUAUUUUUUCCAUCGCAACUUUCCUCUUAAAACAGCGGCGCGUCCGUCGAUGCAGUAUCAGGCGGCCGUUUUUUUCUUUGAAUUAUCUAUUUAAAAGUAAAACUUUUCGGGGGUUUACAACCUUCUCGACCUUACUAUAUACAGAGUGGACCAAAAGUCAGAUCCCCCGGGGCGAAAGUUAGUUCCUACAUUACUUCGAUUUUUUCGAACUUCAAAACCGAUUUGUUUAUUUGACGACGACGACUUGGCGGAUUUGUAAUGAAAACGGCGGGCCACGAAUCCGCAACUUUCUUUCCGCUUCCCCGGUAGUACGUUUUUAUAAUAAAUACCCGUUCGUCCGUCGUCAACACGAUAAUUUUAAAUAAGAAAUUAAAAAAAUAACAAGUUUUCGUAAGUUUUCACAAUAAACGCGCGUUCGUCCGUUAUCGGUAUGAAAAUAAUUGUAAAUUUUAAGUAAACUCAAUAACAACAUGCGAUAACAAACGGUGUUAUCUGUGUUGGACGGUGAAAAUCGGUUUUCAGACAUCGUGUAUUUAUACGCGAAAUUUAAACGAGCCCGUGUUUUGAAAAACUGUCAUUCGGCCCGUCCUGUACGUGUACGAGUGAAAGAAAAAAAAAUGAAAAGAAAACACAAAUGUAACGGGGGGGGGGGGGUAAGAGUUACGAAACCCCCCCCCCCCCCCCCCCCCCGCGGCGGUCUAAAUAUUCCCGGGCGGCGCGACGCGAACGUUCCGCCGUCCCUUUUCGCCGACGCCCGUACGCGGCCGGAGCGACGACGUUUCGACCGAACCGUUCGGCGGGAGGUGGCCAGGGGGUCCCGUACCCCGAAGCGGUCGCGGUACGACGGCGUAAACACGCGCGCUCGUCAUAACCGCCGGACAAUAUUGCGGACCGCGAUCGCCGGCCGUUGUUCCCGCGGCGCCGCCGCGUUACGACAAUACUCGCGACAGCGCGCGUAUCGUACCGGACGGAGCGCGGCCGCGGGGAGUGCGCGCUCGGACGCCGUACUGUUAUUAUACACGUUUUGAUAUAAUGCGGUAGCGAGAGAUCGCGUGGGCACUCGGGACGCCGCCGCCGCCGCCGAGUGCAAGUGUUGACACUGACAGAUGAGCCGAGAUUAAGAUCGGUGAAUGGGUUACCGCUCGCCGCGCGCCGUCCGUGCUCUCUCGUCAGCGUCGUCGUCGUCGUCGUCGUCCCGGGCGCGCUGUAAAACGCGUUUAAACAACACGACGGUGCGUGCGCAUACCGUGCGCUCACGAACCGCCGUGCACGUGUUUAAACGCGCGGACGGGCGUAACGCGUACCUAACGCACCGAGCACCGCCGCCGCCGCCGAUAAAGUGUCCGGCCCGAUUACUUCACGCCACGUCUGCCGUCGGGCGUCUCCGGGCGUCUCCCGUUCGGCGACCGCGGGAACCCGUUUCCCCGCCCGAGUGUCGCGCCACGGGAACGUCCGUGGGAUUUUUUCGAAACGCCGCCGGCCGCGGAUCGAAUUUUAAACACUCGAGCGUGCGUGAUUUUCCGUCGUAUUAAAUUUCGGCGGGCGUGAAAAAACGGCGGGCCCGCGGCCGGCGAGGCGGGGAGGGGGGGAGCCCGGACACUCCCCUCCACCCCCCCCAAAACCCCCCCCCCCCCCCCCCCCCCGAGACGGCCGUACGAAAAAAUAAAGAAGCAGAAAGACGUACGCGAUUCGCCGACUGCGGAACGGGUCCGCUUUUUCUUUCGGACGUUUUUUCGCCCGGAGACGAAAAUAGAAACAGAACGAAACGACAAUACGGUUUCGAACGUGGUCCGGCGUCGAUUGCGGACGUAGGUAAUCGCGUGAACGUCGUCGACUAGACGACGCGAACGAGUACGGGUUUUUCGACAUUUGUUUUCGUCGGCGGUUUCCGUUUUACAACGAUGUCUAUUUAUUUUAUUUAUUUUUUUCAACAACCGGGGGAAAAAACGACUCGAAACGAGAACGUUUUGUUCUCUCGCCGUGCUGUUAUAGUUUUACACUCGUUUCCAGUCUCCGACACAUGAAUAUUAUUGAAACGUCGUCCGAUCGCGGGACAAAACCGCAACGGACGUUCGGCUCUUCGACGCGGGGUGGUGCGAAAGUCUAAGAGGCGGGGAGGGGCACACGCCGUUCUUAAAAAGCGCGAAAUUGUCAAUAACUUUUACCCGCAGUUUUGCGCGCGGCCCACGCCGUCACGAGAGCGUAGAACCGAACUCGCUCGGACUCCGCCACAAAACUUUCGUCUUCGCGGAGGCCCGGCUCACAUUGCGACGCGUACAUAAAUAAUUAUUAUGUGUUUGUUCGGUUCGAAUGUAUACACUUGCACCGGCGCACUGGCACUGCACCGCGCCAGUGAAAGGUCCGUGUGACCUGUUCGAGGUGUGCAGCUGUUAAAACUCUUCGGACGGAAAGUUUCUCGGCGACGGGACUGAUAAAACAAAAACAAAAAAAAAAAAAAACGAAACGAAACAAAAAAACAAACAAACACUCUCGCAACUCUUUCUCCACUAUAUUGUUUGUUCGCCGUCGUCGUUUUGUUUCGAUACCGGCUGUCGGUUUCUCGCGUCGCGGUUUUAUAUAAUAUUUGUAUCGUUCGCGUACGCCCGUCUUAUUACAGUAUUAUUGUUAUUGUCAUUUUGUUUUAAACAAAUUUUCAACACGGUACAACAGCGUAUGAAUCGCGGGGGCGGUGGGGGGGGGAAACUUCGGGUCGUAUCGAAAUUCUAGUUGCGUUGCAUAUUCUCCGGCGAGUUUUCCAUGAUCCGCGCGAACCGGCGGCGAUCGUCGCGGAGGAUUUUCAGACGAAUUCGAUUAUAUAUAGGCACUGUUUUUUUUAUUAUUAUUAUUAUUAUUAUUGUUAUAAUUUUUUUCCAUUGCGGAAUCGUUAUUUCGCGGGGAUCGGCGAGGGGUUCCCGGUUUUGUGAAAGUUACGUUUUAACGACAAGACGCGUCCGCCAAUAUCUCUUUAUCGUGGGCAAAUGGCAAAAUACUCUGUGUAUACAUUUUUCCUCGACGAGGUUUCUUGAAUAAGAGCAGCUUUCUAGAAAUCGCCUACCAGAUGAUCAAGUCGCGCAACGUCUUUUUGCCAAACUAAAAGUGAAUCGUAGUUUGCUCUUGAGAUAUUUCGGUAUGGGGCGUGUGUUAGAAAAUUAUGUAUUUACACGCACGACGUGUCAUUUAGACAGAAAAAUAAAGAGUGGGAAUAAAAACGGUGUGUGAAUAAAAAAAAACGCCGAACAUUGGCUGAAGGCCCUCCUAUAAUACAGUGUAAUUGUUUUCUUUGUUUCCCGACCGAUUUACUUAAUUUAUAAUUUGUGUGUUUUUUCUCUUCCAUACAGAACGUACGGACGACGUCACUGUCACGUUUCGGGCACGGACGCUGUAAACGACCGAAAUGUUUGAUCGCCGCUGAUGAAAAACCGAACUUCGUCGCGCGCACCGUCACUCCGCGUCUCGCUGCCGUCGUCCGUUUUUUUUUUUUUUUUUUUUUUUGUCUUUCUAAUACUAAGCGGAAAAAUUAUGGAAUCAUUAUUUUUUUUUUAUUUAUUUUUUUUCACUCGCCUGUAACCGUUCUAACAUUCUUCUCUUUAAUAUAUUUAUAUAUACAUAUAUAUGUGUGUAUGCAAAGCGAACAAUCCUCGACGAGGCGCUCAUUGUCUCCGAGUGGUAACGAUGAUAGUGUCUUAUCGGGGGAAGGGGGGAGGAUCGAUUACCCUGUAUCAUAUUGUGUAUAUAAAAAAAAAAAAAAAAAUAUUACAAUUAUACAUUAUUAUUAUGUAGAUUAUUUGCUAACGUACUAUUAUUAUUAUUAUUAUUAUUAUUAUUAUUAUUAUUAUCAUAAUUACAUAUUAUAUUAUUACUAUUACUAUAAAUCGUAUACACAUACAUAAUAUAUCGAUAUGUUGUGUAUUUGUUGAACAAUUAUUAUUAUUAUUAUUAUUAUUAUAUAUUAUAUUAUUAUAUACGUAUUACGUUUGUGUUCCGAUAUAAAAUAUAAUAUUAGACCCAUCCCCUAUUCCCCUGUCACCCUCCCUUGGAAUGUAAAAUAUGUACACGUAUGCGCGCGUCAACGUAAUGAAUUUUUGUGAUGUAAAUAAUACGCAAUAGUAAUAUAACGUCGCGUGUUAUAUAUUUUAUGUAUCGGAUUAAACGAAACGAACAUGUAUGUUAUUAUU